AUGGCCUUUCCCAGCUUCAAAAAGGCAAAAACAAACGUACAAGCUAACAAGCAUACAAAGCAAGGAUAUUCUUGCUACUUUCUGUGCGUGUUUAGCCCUGAAUAAAUAAAUGGACUCGGAACUGAAGAAGCAGCUAUAAAACUCUCAGUAAAAUAACUGAACUUGGUCUCGAGCACUUACCUCAAAUUCAUAAGGUAUGAAUAAAUCAAUAAAAAUCUACCAUUCAAAAGUAAGAAGCUUUAAAUCUCUUUCGGGCAAGUUUACCUGAAGGACAAUUCCUGGACAUACAAAAAACACCGUCAAGUACGCUUAGCUGUUCUUAAACACUUCGCGAGGACGUGGUCAAUUUGGAUAUGAGCUGGAUUUCUCGGAUUGACUCUUUUUUCACCCAAGUUAUUUUAAAAGUUGUUUAAUUUUAUUUAUUCUGGGGGAAUUUGAGGCCCCCUUGACUUUAUAGCUGAAUAACGUCAAAACCGCUAAGGCCAUGGCCGCUAAACUUAACGACUUUUCCUAAAAUUUAUCUGGGAAUCGGGGUGUACUUCAACAUGGAUGUUACCAUGGCAACCUGGUUCGCAUUUCUAACAGUGAUGGUAGUUUGAAAGGAAAAUUAAGUACUUUUAUUGCCUUUGAAUUCAGUUGACGGUAAUUAGUCAGACUGGAAUGACUGGAGCGAAUGUCCUGUGCAGUCAAACAAUUUUUUUAAAAUUUUGUGUUGUUAUCGCUUUCCAUCAAUUUUUCUCGAUCAUUCCUGAUUUAAAUGAGGUGAAAUUGGAUUAAUUAGGCCAUUUCAGAGUUCCAAAAAUUCUCUCUUUCCAAACGAGGCUUAUUGCAAAAACUUUCUUGUGAAAAUGAGUUUUAUAAUUAUAGUAUACGUAAGAAAAAAUUAACAUUUUCAUAUCAAUAACUUCGCACUUCACCUCGCAUUGAAACAGAGGCCUUAGGCAACUCGAAAAUGGCCUAUUUGUAUUUCCGCAGUUCAAGUCAUAUUCAUCUCAUUUUCGUUUCUUUCAUGGGUUCAAAUAAACUCAAUUAAUUGGCUUAAAUGUAGCAUUAUUGUUAGCUAUAACCGCCGAUUCAGUUAUCUGCAAGACAGUGGAAUAAACGAUAUUUAUUUAUUCAUUUAUUUGUAACGCGCCAAGUCUAGCUAUUGAUUCAGUGAAGUAACGUAUGCUCAUUCAAUUUCAGUUGACGGAAACUGGUCAGACUGGGGUCCUUGGGGUGACUGUUCAGUCACGUGUGGUGGAGGCAGUCAAUUUCGUACUCGCAGCUGUAACAAUCCUCCCCCAGCCUUUGGUGGACUCGUUUGUAUUGGAGAAAGCGAGGAGUCAAGGGAAUGCAACACCAAUUUUUGUGGAAGUAAGGCUUAUUUUUCCUUUUAGCUAUCGUGUUGGCGUAACGACUAUAAUCACUGCAAUAAAAGGGAGAAAAGUUUAAAUACCUUGACCCUAGCCCUCGUAGCAGGCGCUUGAAAGUAAUAUGCGAGAAAGUAGCGAGUUGGAAGGAGCAGAUGACUCGGUCUUACACUGUGUCUUCGAAAUUAAAAAUUAUAAUGGACAGACAACAUCAACUAUGCAACUGCUCUUUUGAAAGACGGCAGAAAAAUGACGAAAACAAAAAAUAACGUCCCCGGGUGGGCUUGAACCACCAACCUUUCGGUUGCCAAUGUUGAGGUAACAGCCGAACGCGCUAACCGAUUGCGCCACGGAGACGAGCUCGCAAAGGUUAUUGUCAACUGGUUCUACUGGAGCUUCUGACUUUUAAGGCAAUAAUUAUACGUUACGAGGAGUCCCUGUCCAGUCGGGGCUUGGCAAGGCAAGCGAGUUUUUUGGUCUUUCUUUUACACAAACUGUCUUCAAGGCAGACCUUUUGGCGCUUUUUCGGUUAAACACAUAUUCCGCUUUCUAAUUUGAAGGUUCUGCAGAGGUAUUCACAAUACUGACAUGCAUUUAUGGGAAUAGUGAAGUUGAAUCACGAAUCGAUAAAAGGGCUGUUUUUAUUAUCUAUUGUUUAUAAAGUUAAUUAAAUUCUGAAACAAGCUAUUUGUCAACAAUAACAAUUUCCUCCUCCCUUGUUCACCUUUGAUCCCAUUAACAUUGACAUUGACAAAAUCAACUAUGCAACUGCUCUUCAAAAAAGGAAAAAAAGGAUCGUCCCCGGGUGGGUUUGAACCACCAACCUUUCGGUUACCCAUGUUGAGGUAACAGCCGAACGCGCUGACCGAUUGCGCCACGGAGACCAGUUCACAAAGGUAAUAGUCAACUGGUUGUUCUGAAGCUUCACUUUUAAGGCAAUAAUUGUAGUUUACGAGAAGUCCCUGUCCAGUCGGGGCUUGGCAGGGCAAGCAAGUUUUUUUUGGUCUUUCUUUUACACAAACUGUCUAUUGUCAAUUUCCUCCUCCCUUGUUCACCUUUGAUCCCAUUAACAUUGACAUUGACAAAAUCAACUAUGCAACUGCUCUUCAAAAAAGGAAAAAAAGUAUCGUCCCCGGGUGGGUUUGAACCACCAACCUUUCGGUUACCCAUGUUGAGGUAACAGCCGAACGCGCUGACCGAUUGCGCCACGGAGACCAGUUCGCAAAGGUAAUAGUCAACUGGUUGUUCUGAAGCUUCACUUUUAAGGCAAUAAUUGUAGUUUACGAGAAGUCCCUGUCCAGUCGGGGCUUGGUAGGGCAAGCAAGUUUUUUUUGGUCUUUCUUUUGCACAAACUGUCUUCAACGCAGACCUUUUGGUGCUUUUUCAGUUAAACAAAAAGGUAUAUACAAUACGUACAUUUAUAGGAAUCGUGAAAUUGAAUCACGAAUCGAUAAAAGGGCUAUUUAUAUCAUCUAUUGUUUAUAGAGUUUAUUAAAUUCUGAAACAGGCUAUUUGUGAACAAUACCGAUUUCCUCCUCCUUUGUUCACCUUUCAUCCCAUUGGCAAUGAUGGCGAAUUCAGUUUAACAUGUAACACAGCUUAUUCCUGAAUCCUGAGAAGGGUGGCGCCGAAUUCCAUUAGAUCAUUAUACGUUUCUGAAAAACUGCCCACCUACCCCUCCCCUAAGCCAACAUUAACACUUACUUCUCACUUAAGGCAAAAUGUUAGCUUAGUUGAGGGGUAGGUGGGCAGUUUUCCAGAAACGUAUAAUUCCAUUUAGAUCUGGGAUAUGGUAGACGUAAAAGUGUUAUCAUUGAAACCGUCAUUUAUGAUUUUUUCAUCCAUUCUUGAUGUGAAAAACUCAUGUUUUAGUUUAUGUUCUGCCUCCUUACCAAAAGGGCCAGCCGCAAUAGUGCGCAUAAACACAUCUCAAGCCUUGGCCCAAAUUGGAGGGAAAGUGGAGUUGACUUGUGUGUCCGAUGGCGAUCCUAUGCCGAAUGUCACGUGGUAUCGACCUGAUGGAAGCGAACUUGUAACAAACACUGCUUUUGACAAUGUAGUGUUUGUGGAUAUAAACAAUAAUGACGAUUUUGGUGAAUACAGAUGCAAGGCGGAUAAUGGCUUAGGAGCCCCUGUUGAAAGACUUAUUCGUGUCGAAGGUAUGUGUAAAGGAAAAUGUUUACGUGCAACCCCUUUGAAACUUCCAUGCCUGAACUGGCUCCAGAAUUCCAUCUUUAAUUGUAAACCAGUAGGAGAAAGACUGCCAAUAAAGGAUUUAGUUGAUGGCUUAAAGAAAAAGUGUGCUGGAGGAAACAUUACAUUUCUAACUGAUUUCGCUAUUUUGUUUCACAGCUCAACCAGUAGCACUAAUAAGGGUGGUAAGUGUUUACUUUUCUAUUUUUUUUUUAUUAGACGAAGUAAACGACUUUCAGUUUUCCAAAAAGGGUUUCUACCAUCAACGAUCUGAAGGUUUUGGUUUUCGCCCUUUACCUAACAGAUUCUAACAGAUCGGAAGGCCAAACAGUACAAACUCCUUGGGCCAAAUAUUUAAACGAAGCCUAACUUAAGCCCCGGUUUAAAGAAUCUUUGGACCUUUGUGGUUUGCUUUAUGUAGAUAAAUUCUUUUCUAGUCUUCCCUAUAUGCUUUUAUAAAACUGUUCACGAUAAAUGAUGUUUAGAUAAAAUCGUUGGGCAAAUUGAAAAUAACUUAGAACGCGGUUUCGUUAAACACUGGCUAAACUACGUUGAAAUAUUUGGUCCUUUGUUUUGUAGAAUUUUGAUACAAUUACUGAACCUAAUGAUUAAGAUAUGUUUUUACACAAAUAGUGUUUGAAUGAUUUUUAAGACCGUGUCCACAAGAGCCCGGUUAGAAAAACAUAACUGCUCGUUUAACGUUUUCCAGGCGUAAGCGAUAUGAUAUUGGCCACUCCAAAUAGUGGCAACUUUGAAAAAUUCAUCAAAAAUUCCAGAUCUCUCUUUUGUAGUACUACGCAAACGUUCUGACGAAGAGGUUUCAUGUAAGUGUCAAGACCACAAGAUUUCCUUCUUAGAUUUGGGAGUGAGAUUGACAAAUCGUUUGGGGCUGUUCCUGAACGGCCGAUUAGCGCUAAUCCAGCAUUAAAAUUUUGUUCGGUUUUUGUAUUUACUUUCCUAUGUAUUGCUUAGAGUAACAUUUUGUGUUAUCAUUACUGUUUCUGUGAGUAAAAGCUCAACAGUAUUUGUAAGCCAGAGUUGCAUGUUCUUGGACAAGAAAACCUUGCUUACUAGAAUUUGGCGUUAAUCGUAGUUUAAACUUAACCAUCUUUCGAGUAACCGGGCCCUGGUCUUGGUGGUAAGGGCUAGUCUGUUUUAGGGGUUUAUUAACGCUAGAGAGCUUUUAGGAUGAUAGUUGUGGUAUGAAUGUGCACUUGCACGUUUGUAGGUGUUUACAAUUGUAAACCGAUUGGCGUGGAUAUGGCCUCUGAAAUUUGUCUUCGUUCGUUUUUAUUUUAUUUUAAUUUUUUUAUUUAUUUAUUAAGGUUGGUCCACCUGGAGAUCCUGGGCCAAAAGGAAUGAUAGUAAGUGGAUAUAUGAUAAAUGUUCUUGGUGAUUAAAAGCGUCAUUCUUGUUAUAAUUUACGCAUGCCAACUUACAGAUUUUCCUUGUGAUUUUGCCCCAAAAGGAUUUAUGACCCUCACAAUAUUCCACAGCAUGAAAUCUUGCUUUUUUUUAGUCCUGCUUCCAACCAAGAGAUGCAAGGGGACAUAAAAGAAUAUGAGUCACAGCGUGAUGAUUAUGCUUGUAAUCCAAGAAAAAAAAAAUUAACGCACGGAUCUGUCUUCAGGUUGAAAUCUGACGUUAACAGUGAUUUUACUUGAUUUCCUCCACUCGCACAUUGGUUGAUAACCUCUACUUACUACACUUGGUCAGGCACAAUUGCACGAAAAAGAUGCUAUCCUCUGAGUGGCUUUGAAUUCUGAUCAAAGAUAGUUGUUACUUUUGGGGAUUUGUAACCGAUCUAACGCAUCCUUAAUUGAUACUUUCAUUUUGUAAUGUACAUUCUAGGGAGACAAAGGAGCACCAGGGCCUCCUGGACCCGAGGGAGAUCGUGGAACAGAGGUUUGCCAUUUUAUGUAUUGAACGGCCUUAGCACUAGUUGUAUAACAGUGAGAAAUCGUUAAAGAACACCUCUAAACUCAGUUGCCCAGUAGUCUAUUACUGUAGGGUGUGACACUGGCUCUACUUUCAUUAAAUUCACUUGGAAAUUAACGGAUGAAAUAGGCUUUAUUGUACUAAACGCAAUGUCAUUGUGUAAAAAAAAAAAAAAAAACACCUUACCAAGUGUCUGGCUGCAGGUGACCUAUCAUUAUACUUACUUCAGUCACAACUCUUAAAUUCUCAAGCUAUGCCGUGGCCUUACAGUUCUUACUUUGAAAUAUCAAAUGCAAUAUUUCUCCUCUUCCCGCUCGCAGAUUGUGUUAUUUUAAGUGUGUACCUCUAUUUUUUCCUUCAACAGGGAAACCCUGGAGGUCCCGGACCCAAAGGACCACCGGGCCCUCGUGGUCCUCCGGGACCACCAGGAGAAAUAGUCAUAAAUUUUAAUGGAAGUGGGCCGGAUAUUGGACCUCUUGCUGGUCUUGUGAGUAUUGAUCUCAACGAUGGCUUGGCCAAUUUUUGUUGUUGUAGACUUCGACAGGUGCAUACAUCGGAAUAAGUUCCUUUACUUGAAUUAGUAUCAACAAAAAGAACCAACUGGAGUUAUGGUGGUGUAAUUCCUAUUAUUAAAAACUGAAUCAUUGGAUAAUGCAAUUCUAGAGCUUUGAUUGGCUUAGCCAUCAUGGAACAUGAGCCAUUAUACCACACUCUCCAAAUAUGCUAACCGUACGCGUCUGCUCACAAUUAAAAACAAGCUGAAAAUCGGUUGUUUUUACAAAUAAAGUCGGAAAGAAUUUUCGAUAUUUUGUGGGCGAGAUGAUUAUAGUCGACUCGGCGGUACGUCCUUCGUUGGCCUGCUACGAUCUCAUAUCCAACGCGCACUUGUGGAAUAAUUGUUAAUCAUAUUUCUCUGACAUGGAAGUUUAAGCGAUAUAAACUUGUACUAUCGCAAUAAAGUUUAAAACAAAAGCCUAUACGUUCCAUUUCAUUAGAUUAGACCUGGAGAUUCCAAGGGACCCGCUAGCAUUGGAUACAUAGAAGUAAAGGGCGCUCCAGGAGAACCGGUAACGUCUAUUAUGUAAUCCUGUGUACAUGUUGUACUUUCAUCGGCUGACAGAGCUGGCUCUCACUUCUCAUAGGUAUACAUGUUUUAAUCUCAAAAGGAACUUUUUCUAUUCAUUUUUUCUUACUGUUAAUAUGUUUUAGGAUGCGUUACUGUAUCAGAAUUUAUGUUGUGUUUACACUUGUUUAGCUGACUAAGACCUUCUUACCGACGAAUGCUUUUUUUGUUAAUAUGUGUCUUGCACUAAAGUUUCAAAGUCAAUCGCCGCCUCAUUUUAAACCUGUUCAUUUACAGGGUCCUUUAGGGGGCACUGGGCCACCUGGAGUAAGGGGAGCAGAUGUAAGUUUAAACAAAGUGAUGUUACAAUGAAUGUAUAUUAUUUUGACAGGUUAAAAUUUUAGAAAGGAAUCUGAUCAAAGUGUGUAAUAAUUUUAUAUAACACACCAGCAUGUGGAAUUUAUGAAGAAACUGAUUUUAAAAACCUAUUCCUGCCAGCCCUUUGUUGUAUCUGUGAGAAUUUUCAGCCAAAUUUAAUGCCUUUUUCUCGAGAGCACACAAGAAUGGGUUGCUAGGAUAAUUUCAUAACCGAGAUCUCUGUUAACCGAGAUUGCUCUCCCUCAAUAAUCAAUCGAACCAACUCGGUCAACUGGUGGUUGCGUUGUACAUAUGCAUCUGAUCAAACUGCUUCCAGUACGUCCAUGACCGUCCCGAUGGAAACGACAGUUUUAUAAGUGCAUGUGAAUGUUUUUUAUUGCCUGGCUCUGAAGGAGAUGCUACCAAAGAAAACUUCGUAAAUGCUUUUCCGUAGGGUGAAGCCGGAGAAAAGGGGGAAGUUGGCAUCCCCGGUCCACUUGGAGAAAAGGUAGGUUAUGAAAUAUUUAUGUACAUCAGGAGCCGUAAUCGGGGUAGGAGACCGUGACUAGAUACCGUUCAUAUCCCUUGUCUAACGAAUUUCACUUGAGGUCCGUAGGGCAUGUCACAAGGUUGUCAAAAGUAGCCGGCUGCCGGCGAAAAUCGCCGCCUACUUGGUUAGUAUCGGCAGGCUACUCUGCUUGGCAUUUCUUUACGGAUGGCGUUUUUUAAAUAAAAUAUCCCUGGAUUGGUCACUUCUGACAACCCUGAUGUCAAGGCGCGAACUUUUUCAGGCUGAGAGAUUUGACUUGCUUGUCACUAACCUCCGUAGCUGUUGGGAUUAAGCGCGUGCGAGUGCUCCUGUUUUGGCGUAAGAACACCGAGAAAAAUAGCUGGUGAGAAUUUCUUAGUCCUAUUCAGGACUACUGAUACUCCACCUUCCUGUGAAAUGACUCGUGAGUUCAAACCUUUCACAGGGAAUAUCUAGCUCAGUUGCCUCAUUGACUAGAUCCCGUCUGCGCCACGUGCAGGGUAUACAUUUUCGGACCAACAAUGCGAUACUCGGAAAAUGUCUAUUUCGGAAAUUUAAUCGGGCGACGAAAGACACAAAUUUUGUAGAUUAAUAGUAGUCCCCAUUUUUCCUCAGGGAUAGUAGAGCGAGCGAAACGCGAGCGCGUGUGAAAAUCACCCCACGCGAGAAAGGCGAGACGCGUCUGGAGGACUACUCGUAGUCUACAAAUCUUGCCCAAAAAACUUGUUUGUAAAAUUGAAAAUAAAUUCCUUUCCAGGGUGAUCCUGGACUGCAAGGUUCCCGGGGUCUUCCUGGGCGUCAUGGUGAAGACGUAAGUAAGAUUUCUGGUAAGAGGUGGACUUUACUACCGUAUCAAGGGUGGCAUAGGCCGCUUGGAGGGUCUAAAAAGGGAAUCAGAGAAUGUAGCGCGAGCAAACUCGAUGAUUACAAUACAAUACAAUAUCUGUAUUAAAAGAGGGAGACAUAUUAAGUAACCUUUUACAGUUUUCUAACUUAAGGCCCUCGUAAGUUAGAGGAAAAAACGCCAAAAAUGAUCAACAAGCAAAAAUAUUGAAAUAUAAUAUACUAUAUACAAAAAUGGAAUAGGUAUAUGACAUUGUACUUUAAAAUUAUAUAACAAAAAUAUAUAUUCUGAGGACAAUGGAUAUUUUCUGAAGCAUGUUAUACAAAUAUGUAAAUGAUAUAGAAAAAGUUCAAAUAUGGAGGAGUGGUUGGCAAUAUGAAAAAUAAGUAAGAAAGUAGCAUGGGAAGAACAAAGCCUCCUUAGUUUCAAUUCAUUUGAACAGACAAACGUUUAAUUCUAGUGUCCACACCCGACUCAUUACAUAAAACAUUAUCGAGUGUCACAAUUGGGGCAGAGCAAAUCGAUUCACACUGCCUUUGUAUUUUAGGGAGGUCCGGGUCCAAAUGGAGAACCUGGCGAGGCGGGACCCCCCGGAGAGGAGGUAAGGGUCACAGCAAUCCACCAUUCAGGAAUAGAAUUUUGGUUCUUGUGCAGGGUGAAAAAGAGAAUGUAAGGAGAGUGAGUAGGCCGGAAUUAGCUACAUUUCAAAGUAAAUCAUAAAUAAGGCGUUUUCUGACACUCCAGAAACACCAGCAAGCAAACAAAUUAAAGUAUAUCAUUAGUGUCAGCUUAUCUUUCCAUUGACUCUGUUAGUUCUCAAAAUAUGAGAUAUUUAUGAUAUCGUGAAGAUUUAUUUUUGUUGAAAGAAAUAAUUGGACCGAGAAAUUAUCUAAGAGAAGAAAAUUGUCAUUUAUCAAAUGAAUUUCCAGUUGUGGAUAAGUUGCAUGUUGUCGUCACGAGAAUGUAAUUUAAGGCUGGUUUUCACUAACGACGGAGUCGUAAGAGCGCUUAUGACCUAGUGAAAAUCAAAAGUCGGAGUCGUUAGCGGAGUCAUAAGCACGACGGAAACGGAGUCAGAAGAAUCAGAACGUUUCCAUUUCUUCCGACUCCGCUUACGGCUCCGUCGCUUACGUUCCGCUUAUGAUCUAGUGAAAACCAGAUUGUCGGAGUCGGAAGCAGAAGCGGAAGAAUAAACCAAUCACAACGCACGUUCGCACGUUUUGUGAUUGGUUUAGUUCUUCCGACUCCGACAAUCUGGUUUUCGUUAGAUCAUAGGCGGAACGUAGGCGGUGGAGUCGUAAGCGGAAUCAGAACGCUUUUUUCACUAGGUCAUAAGCUCUACGCUUUCGAUUACGACUCCAACUCCGACUCGGUAGUGAAAACCAGCCUUUACCCCUGUUACAAUGUAUUGGCUUUUGCAGUCAUAGUCAUAGUAAGCCCCCAAUAAUAAUAAAAAAAAUUCACCGUAUUACUUCUUGUCCCGAACUAUUUACCCUAUAUUAUUCGCCAUACCCCAUAGUUUCUUUUUGCUUUUUAAUAAUUUUGUGUUGUAGGGCUCAGUAGGUGCGUCUGGUGCACGUGGUCUACCAGGAAUCAAAGGCGACAGGGUCAGAUAUUCUUCCAUACAUUUUUCAGUAACAUUGUGCACUAGUAAUGGUUCUAGGAAAUUUUCUCCUUUUGGAGGUUUUCUGUACAUUCGAAAAUUUUUCGAAUUUUAAUCCUUCGAGAGCGGAAGACUAGCUUAGGGCAUUCAGUGACGCUAAAUGUGUAGCGCGUGUGUUGAACAAAGCAAGGCAUAGAAAGAAAUAGUAAACUGCAUUCAUAGUUCGCUUUACACAAAGUACUGAAGUGAAAAAUAACCCUAUAAAUUAUCUCUUAUUUUGAGUCGGAAUUCUUGAAACAAAUAUGACCUGAACACCAAUCAUCCGUCCGGAAUUUUAGGGAUUUUAGCUUAAUGGUAAGCACCCUAGGAGAAACAAACUUGCUAAGUUUUUUUUUUUCUCUCGUAUCAAAAUUUUUUAUCCAAAGCUGAAAUCGUAUACCCCUUGAAGGGUUAAAUUAUCAAUUUAUUCCUCUGAAUUAUGGAAAAUGGAUUUACUAGCCCCUCCUCAAUGUGUCAGUAUCCAUCAGUUCGUUGUCAGUUUUUGUCUCAUCACGUAACUCUCUCCCCUUGGAGUGGAGCGCAGCGUAACGAGUCAAAAUUGGCUGCAUGCGAGACUAAUUAUAAUCAGUUUGGAAAUUAUGUUACCCAAGAGAAUGCAAACCAAGAAAGUGUAGCAAAAAUGUUCAAGCAGUAAUCUAAAAUGUGAUUAACGUUAGUCAUUUGUUGUUUAUAAGGGUGAACAAGGAAACCCAGGCGACCCCGGAGAUCCUGGAGUUCAAGGACGAAGGGUUUGUUUUGCAUACUUUCGUUUUUCUCAAUUAAUAAUAAAUAAUCUCCUAAGUAGAUAAUUUAUUCAUUCGUUGCUUUUCGUUCCGUUUUAUUAGGGGAACGCUGGAGAACCUGGAAGAAAGGGAUUAGACGGAAAUCCGGUAAGCGCAAGUUGAAGCAACUAUGCAUAGGUUUUUCGGCUAAAGUAGAACAAAUCAAAGGUCAACUAGACCAUUCUUACGAGACUUGCCGCACUGAGGCAUCGAGAACAAUCCACUAGAAUAGGUGACAAUUGUCAAUGAAAAAUACGACUGAGGAAAAGGGUUCAUUAGUUGGAAGUGUUGAUCAUAGACCUCCAUCUCAUGAAGAUGAAAACUGGCAGUAAGAAGUCAAAGCGUCGUGGUGAGCAUAUAACUGUUUGCGCAGCCAGUCCGACGCAUGCUCAGAGACCUAAUCACGGUGUCCACAGGUACUCGGUACGGACUCGAACACAGUUACGGGCGUGAGUUUCGUUUUGCCGCUCACUCAGCUGAAAAAUGGCCGUUAUGUAGCCAGUAUCAAUAAACCAUUUUUGGGAAUUGAAUUUAAAUAAACCAUCAAAUGAUUUCAGUCACUUUUCUCCAGGGUCCUAUGACUCUUCAUAUAUCUGUGUGUGUCUCACAAACGCACAGAGAAUAUUGAUUGCAGUGUUUUCCGUCUUUGUUGGUUUUGUUACUUUUUCUACCCUAUUUGUUGUAAAUGUAAGCGGUUAUUCCCACUGAAAGCUUUUUCAGUUUCUCUUUUGUACUAUUCAAUAUUGUAUAUUAGGGUCAACGAGGGAUACCAGGACAGACCGGAAGACUGGGGGAGCCUGGACGAGAGGUAAGAAGAAACAUAAAUCAAGCGAUUUGCUCGAAGUAAGUCUAAAAAGCAAUCAGUUUGCUCCGGCUCUGCGAGUAACAAGAUGAAGCUAACUUUGAGUUCUGAUCGGCUACCCGAAUGGUUUGGGUGGGCUUAUGUUUCUCGCAUUGCUAUAUAUAGGUUACGUUUGUUUACGUUUUAACGCAAAUAAUAAUAAUACUAAUAAUAAUAGACUUUACUUAAAGAGGGUAGUACGGAAUAGUUACAGAAACUAGUAAACUUAUGGCCCUCUAAAACCUUACUUCAUAAGAAUGUCAGCCGUGCACUCUUUUUAUUUUAGGGUCUACAAGGUUUCAAAGGCAAGCAAGGACCGCAGGGGCCGGCUGUAAGUAAAGCUUUCUCGCCUUUUUGAUUAUUGGCCACGAAUAAGAUCUAAGAUUGAUAAAGGCCAAGCAGAGGAACAAAGAUAAGAUAUCCUUGAGUGUAACAAGGAAAGCCCGGACACGACUGAAACAGAACAAAGAAUUGGUCCCAAAUGUUCCCAGCUUUUUCUUGCCUUUUAAGACGGAAAUGCUUUUAGUGUAACAAAUAUGACGGUCCAAAAGGUGUGAAUCGGACAGAGUUGAAUUGGUGUUUAUUUUUUGGAGACUCCCUUUGAUUUGACUCUUUUUGGGACAGGCACUACUAUGUUUUUAGUUCGGGCAAUAAUUAGUGCCUGUAUAAAAAUUUGUUAUAAUUAUUAUUAGAAAGUUGACGGUAGUGUUUAUUUUUUGGAGAGACUUUUGAUCAUGUGAAAGGCUAUAACACGAGAACAGGAGAUCGGGGAAUGGGGAACGGGGAAACGGGAGAAGGGAGCUGGACGCGGGGAACCUGGAAUCUAGCUUAAAAAGGGGAAAGCCAGAUGCAUAAAGAAAACGAACAAAGAACAAAUUUUGUGUCAAAAAUAUCAAAUGACUCCAGCAUACACAUAAUUCUUUGUAUAUGUGAUAUUAGUCUUGACAUGUUGAUAGGGCGUUUCCGGUGAACCUGGACAGACAGGUGUACCUGGAAGAGGUGGACUUAAAGGCGACCGAGGACCACAAGGGGCAAAUGGACCGAGAGGAGAAAAUGGUGAAGUAGGGCCAAGCGGACCCCAAGGUCAAAAGGGAGAUGAUGGAAGUCCCGGUAAACCAGGGGAACCGGGACUUCCUGGCGUUAAAGGAAUGAUGGUAUGGAAUAAGAGAGAUGGUGUGUUUAUGAUAAUUAUUUGGGCCUUGCUUGGAAAGAUAAAAUGUAGUUUUCUUCCUUUUUAGUUCUGGCACUUCUUCCGUGUAGUUUAUCUAUGUUUUAAAAAUGACACAUAUUAAAUAUUGAAACCGUAUUACUGGGAGAAGUGAAUCAUCUUUUUUUUCCUGUUUAAAAACAACAAGUUUAUGGCUGCGUUUUCCACGGAAACCGCAAUUACCAUGAUCCAUGGACUUAUUACUUGUCAUUAUCUUCAAUGAAAAAAAUUCAUGGUGUGACGUAAUCAGAGGUGUUGAAUUUUACGUUCAGUGUUCAAUGCCUUUAUCACAUAAAUAACAGCAUUGGUGCGUCUAUUUUUCCAUUAUUAAUUUGAUGUUUAUUACUCACUAGAAUACUUUUAUUCAUAUUAUAUCAAUAGUUUUGGUUGAACAUUAGUUAGUCUCUAGUUGCAAAGUAUCUUACCAGGGGUGAAUGGAAGAAUGUUUGAUAAGGACUGCGGAGACGUGUUCAGACAAAACUGUCUUCAAUUACGUUUAUCUUUCAACCCCAGUGGCCGAAUAUUCACCAUAUUGUCGAGAACAUUUGUUUCGCCGUUCAUGGCUGCUUUGUCAACAGGACCGACAAUAGAAAAAAAAGCGAAAUUAUCAAUUUAGAAAAGCUGAACAAGCUGCCGAGUAAGGUUUUCAGCUACCAGAUGAGCGUUGUAUUUAGUGCCCCAUUCAGUUUCAUGCCCCAUUCAGUUUCAUUACGGUAAUAAAAUAUAUGAAUAUUUUCUAACGUGAAUAUCAGUUUUAUUUAGCAAAUAAUUUGUACUGAGAUAUUUCCGACUUGGUGUUUCAUCCCUUUGUCGAUGCACCACAGCCCACUAACCGUUGUGAUUCUACUUGGUAGGGCCCUGUUGGGAGUCCAGGUGUCCGUGGCGAUCAAGGACGGAAAGGUGUUGAGGUAGCAAUCGCUUUAGGAUUAACAGGGUCAUGAUGUAGCACAAUAAAAUUAAACGCGAACGUUCCGCUUCAGAGAGUUGUUCCAACUAAAAAAUACAGUUGAUAACAUACUUUGCUCAUUUUCUAUACAAUUGUUAGGCAAUUAAGUCUUUGACAUUCGAAUAUGACUAUCAAUCUUACCUACAGAAAAAGUAAAACUUAUUCAAAGCGAAUCCAAUUUAAUUAAUCCGGCUUCUAACAAAAGUCUAGUUCAAGUCUUGCUUUGAAUUGAAUUCUAAUGGUAAGCAUUUGGGAAGUUAUUCUAUAUUGCAUUGCCUAACCUAGUCAAAGAGUAGAUGUUUUAUUGAGCUUGCUUACCAAACUUUUCUCCGUACGGGGCAGUAUAGGUGUUUCGGGUUUUUGUCAGUCUAAAAGAAUCCACAAACUGUACUCCAGGACAGGGCUGCCCGUUUAGUCUCAUUCUCAGGCCUAAAUGUUAGAACUUCUACUUUACUCGGUGACCUCGCCUGAGAUUGUUGGAACGAAGACGUUAGGAACAACUAGCAACUCGUCUUAACACUAUUCUUAAACCUAUGUCCAUUGUUCACCCUCAUAAUCUAAAAAUUCAAAAUAAAACAAAUGUGCCUAAGCCGAGUACUGAAAUAGGGAACCGAAAUUACGAAUAUCGUGGCUCUGUUCUCUUGAACAGCUUACCACUGAUCCCACUCUUAUCUACUCUUUUAAAUCAUGCAUCUCAUUUAUUAUAGUAGAUAUAGCAUACUUUUCAUAUUUCGCUUAUUAAUUAUUGUAUAGAGGAGUAAUUUGAUUAUGUAAAUUAAUUAUUAAAUUACCAGCUCAACAGAUAUUUCAUAUCUUGUUCCAUUUAUUCAUACAUCGAAAAGAAGUGAGAUCCUUCGUGACUCGCUUGAAACUAUUUUGGGGCAGGGGUAAGGUUGAUGAGCAUACCUCUGGAAAAUUCUGGCUAAUUACUUUUCAUCUUACUUUUUCUUCCGUAGGGAUUAAUUGGACAACCUGGAGCUCAAGGUCCAAGAGGGGACAGGGUAGGUUGUUGUAAAGUAAUCAUAAAUAAAUCCAUCUGUAUUAUAAUUAUGAAUUUAACAAACUUUCAUACAGGCUUUAAAUGCAUAGAACCACAUUUGUCCAGUCCCUUAGACUACUGCAUCCUUCAAACGCUCACAUGCACAUUCUCGGUAAACAAAACGAAAUUCCCGCUAUGAUAAAUACAAUAGUUAAACUGCGUGCAGCAUUGCUAUAAAUGCAGUAUAAAUAUAUUAUUUUUUUAGGGUCCCAGCGGAAAACCCGGUCCGACCGGAAGAGUUGGUGCGAAGGGGAACCAGGUUAGCAUUACAACUUGUUUGAAUAUUCAACGCUCCUAAUGCGAUAGCAUUUAAAGCUUGCACUGAAGCAGAAUUAAUUUCCUUAAGCUGUUUGUUUUCCAGCAUACUGCAAUAUUUGUGGUUAGAGAGGCAAACGUUUUUACAUUUUGUUCUUCAAGAAGGCAUCACACGUGCUAUUUUGAAAUACCGACGGAAAAUAGCCCUGACGGAAUAUUUGAUGUAAGCCUUAACUUACCGACCAAACAACUAAUCACUCCUCUGUUUGUUAGCCGAAGAGCCGUUGCCAUGCCUCUGACUAUGCUUUACUUUAAAUAUUCGGCUGUCCUAGUACACGAUAUUUCCGAAACAGGCGGAAACUUCCAAAAUUUCUAAAUCGUUCAUCCGUUCGACCCAGAUCCACUCUCAUUAUAUCAGAUUUUCGGCUGCAGGCUUAAUGUUUUCGUUGAAAUUUAAAAUCGCCAAAGAAAUUACUCAAUGGUGGAAGUAUCAUUGUCAUCAGACAAAGAUGAGCUACAAUCCUCAUCACAAAUCUUGAAACACUUGUUUGAUUUUCCGUUCCCCAAUGUUGAUUUGGCUUUGCAGUCAUUUUAGUGCUCCAUUUACGCUCGGCUUAACAUUGGGAAAGGAGAGGGGCACAUUUGAGUGAGAAUAAAGGUGUGAAGAGUGAAUGUAAAAAAUUUAGAAAAAAUUCAAGACAAACGGCUCCUGUUUCAACGAUUUGAGACGAAUAUUGUAGAAUAGCAAUCAAGGGUAAACGGCGUUUCUGUCAACUGAAAACAUACGACUUGCACUGAGUUAUCCCGGUCAAGUAGAGUUUUGGUUCGUAAAAGCUGUUUGAUAUAAUUGUAGUCAUUUAAACCGCGUGACUGUAUAGUCGUUGUCAUUGCAAGACAAGGUUUACUCAACUUUCGGUCUUUUGAUUUCAGUCGCCAUUUUUUGAUGAUUAGUUACUUUGAAUUUUUUUUAGGGCAAAAGAGGACAAAUUGGAGCUCCUGGACCUCAUGGACCGCCUGGAAGAACCGUAAGGCGAAUAAGAUUUCUCAUCGUUUUCACUCUUGUACUCAUAGUCAGAGUAAACUUACUCGAAAAACAAUUUCAAAGAUAAAAAAAAGUCAACGUUUCUCUAACAAAAUACACAGACAAACAAAGUGAGCUUAGUAUCCUUUUCUAAAUGGUCUGUUCAGAAGAAAAGAUAUCCGACUUAUCAAUUGUUCUUUGGCGUUUUCAGUUGCGCAACUAACUUUUUUCUAGACGUUAAUUAAAGUAUGAAAAGAUGCAGCUGAGACUAAAAUCUACAAAAUUAUAUACUUCUCUCGUAGGGUUCCCGAGGACGCCGCGGUCAACAAGGCUUACCUGGAGAAACUGGGCCAAAGGUAGCGACUUUCUUGGAUUUAGGGUUUGACCUCAAUAUGUUUCUCAGGAAUGUGAUGGAGAAUAUUAUUAAACAAGACAGUGAUAAUACUUUCUCGCACAAUAGACCUUUUUACCGAUACGGCGGUCAUAUUGAAUUAAUUAGAUUUAAGGAGUAUUAUGGAAUGCCCAGGGGGUAUGAGCCUGAUCCGAUAUACUCGCUCAGCAUUUACUCGCGUUUUUCGGGCCAAUUUUUCUUUAAGUUUUCCCAAAAAAGAUUGCAGUGGGAAAAAGAGAUCGUUGUGCCUUUUUUCUAUGUAAUAAUGAUCGCCUUUUUCCCGAGAAAUACACAGUGAAGUUCUCUUUUGCCCGAAAAGCGCGCGUAAAUACUGAGCGAGUGCUCUCCUGGGCAUCCCAUAAUACUCCUUAAAUCUAAUAAAUUCAAUAUGGCCGCCGUAUCGGUAAAAAGGUCUAUUACUACCCCUGACCUUCCGUAUUGUGUAUGUAUUCUAAACGUUGAUGUCUGGUAUUUGAAAACACUAUCGUGACUGUCAUCUUUAAUGUCUUGACAGCUCAAAUCACUUUGUAAUCCAGAUGAUUUCUCCCCUUUUUCUUUUUUUAAAAAAUUACAAAGUGAUUAGGCUUCUUAAAAGAAGCCUAAUGGUGUGAAUUGUAACGACCUCCACAGUUGCCUAGAAAAAAAUACAAUAAUAAAAUGAAAAUAAUCGUCAUAGUUGCACGUUCUUUUCUGGCUUUAGGGUUCUCAGGGAGACAUAGGAUUUCCUGGUGCAAUUGGUAUGGCAGGACUAAAGGUAAACUAUUUAGUCACCAUUAUUGGGGUUAAGGAUUCCGCGCAAAUCAUUUAAAAUCUCAUUUUAAAUCUGUGCGCAGCAGCGUAAAAUCUCUGAGUAAGGGCCAAGUUGUUUUCUUAUAGUUUUAUAGAGGUCAUCAUUUUUUUGCUAGACGUUACUGAGUUUUUUAAUGUUAGUUCCUAAACUUUCUGCAAUCUGCAUUUCCGCAUUCAUCACCUCUAUUUUUUUUACUGUUGUUUUGAACCUUCUUUAUUUGUCUUUUUCAUCGUUUUCAAGUUCAGCUGUUGUAAAAUCAUGUAAGAUCUUAUCUUCUUCAUCAAAAGGGUCACAGUGGAUUGCCUGGUUCAGACGGAGUUCCUGGAGCCAAAGGAGAUCAGGUUAUGAAACAAAACUCAAGAAGAAUUAUCAACUGAAAACAAACAGUCAUACAAACAAGGCAAAUCUAUUGAAAGACUUUCCUUGUCCCGGCAUAAAGCUGAAGCUAGCUUUGCAUAUUUAAAUGGUGGACUAACUACUUAAGAAAAGUAAAACCAGAUACUACUGUCUAAGAAACGAAAUCCGAUUCUUUUGGUGGCAAAUUUUAUAAAUAGCCAUGAUUCUUAAAGGGCUAUUCAGACUGUUAAGUUUAUUAGACAUGUCAAAACAUAUUAGAUAGGUGGCGCUCUCAGUAGAGAGGAAUAAGAACCAGCAAAUACAGCCUGCAUAAGUGGCGCCAAAUAAGCAGCACUUAUGGAUCAGAUCACCGAAAAAAUGCUAGAUAUAAGCAGAAUGUAAUAGUCAUCCAUCCUCUCAUGAGGGUGGACAAAAAAUAAAUAAAUAAAUAAGAUUACAAAAAAUGGAAUCUGAGCUCCACAAAGGGAUGCUAAAACAUGAUUACAAAAACAGAUUUGAAGUAGAAUUAUUUCCUUUGUGCUCACUGAAUAGUUUCCUUUCUCCCAUAUCUAUAUCCAUCUCUCUCUUUGACUAGGGCUCGCCGGGUGAGAUUGGAGAAAGAGGAAGGCCAGGAACUCAGGUAGGUUGUUUUUUCCCCUGCGCUAAUGAAAAGUGCGUAAAUUAGACGAAUUUGUCUAAUACCGUAAAAACGUAGAAAUUUGUUUGGAAAACAUCAGACAUGCAUGUUUGAUGUUAUUAAGGGCUGUAAUGGAGAAAGUAACUGCUUUGGCAUACGCAAAAUAGCAACCUGCGGUUACUAUAAUGUGCAAUGUUCUCUUCAAAUUGAAUAAUUAAAAAAAAAAGUUCAGAUUUUUCAAUUCAUGCACAGGGGCUGCGUGGAGCACCAGGAAAAUCUGGAAAGCCAGGAAAUAAAGGGCAAACGGUGAGUGUACUAACGUAGACACAAAAACGUCGGAACAGCAAAAUAAUGCAAAUAAAAGGCACUCCGCCGGACGACCUGUUCACACUAAAUAUUUAGUCCUUCAAUAGCCAUAUCUUACUGAGCUGCUGGUUAUUACAAUAAGCCUUUCAAGAAAAACGGGCGAUCCCGUACCUAUUUGAAAGAUUGUUUUUGAUUAGCUGGGAAAACAAUAGGGAUUUCCAAAUAACAAUAAGCCUAUCCCUGAAAACAAUGGAAAUGCAGAUUAAAGGGGAUCAGUGAAAUAAGAGGUUUUGAACGGAGCAGGUAUACCGACAAAAACGGAGCUUCUAACAUGACUUUGCACCCAUGAAUGGAUGCCGGAUAGAUAAGAAUUGGCGGUUAAUCAAAUGUGUAGAUCGAUUAAUAAGAUUUAGCAUAUAUAUACGUGCAGGCAAACACUUUAAUUUAAAGAAUUUCCCUGUUUUUGUUUUGUUUGGGUGUUUUAUUAUUAGGGUUUUCCUGGUGACGACGGUACAUCUGGACGAGCAGGAGAUCCGGUAAGGAUAAUACACAGUAAUUUCAAGGAGUUUUAAUAACUCCUCUAAUGGGGCUAAUCCAACUCCUUACAGUGGAAUUAUUUUAACUCCAAAAAGGAGUUUAAAGAACUCUUUUUCAGGAGUAAAAGUUACCCCAGAUAUUGAGGAGUUAAAAUAACCCCAAAAAAGGAAUUAUCCUGUACCUAAAAUUUUUACUCCACUUUCAGAGUUAAAUUAACUCCAAAAAGAGUAAAAACAACCGAUGUAAGGAGUAAAAAUAACCCCAUUUCGGAGUUUUUGUGACUCCAGACCUGGAGUUAAAAAGAACUCUUUUUCAGGAGUAAAAAUGACCCCAAAAUUCGGAGUUAAAUUAGGAGUUAAGGUAACCCCCGAAAAAGGGGUUAUCCUGUACCUAAAAUUUUUAUUCCAUUUUUGGAGUUAUAAUAACUUCCUAAAAAUUAUGGUGUACGGAAGAAUAAGUGAAUCAUAUAACGCUCCAGCCCUGUUUUAGGACUGUAAACUAGUUUGAAAUUUCAUUCUCAUUUACUUUCAGGGGACACACGGGCCCCCUGGUAGCCCUGGUUUACAAGGAGCUACUGGAAUGACGGUAUGAACUAAUAAUUAGUUAUUGGAUGUUCAGCCAGGAGUCAUCCAAAGUUAUUUCUGCCUUAAACCCUUCUACGCCCUUAGCGAAUGAUAAAGCCUUUUGAGGUGUUUCUAAUAACUUUUCCAGACUUUUAACAAAAAUAUAUACAAAUGAAACCUCUUUGGGAAUACUUUCACCCGGUGUUUUUAUUUUCAUCACUUAAAAAAAAAAUGAAAUUUCGGAAAGUUAAGGGUUCGCAAGAUUGUGCGUCCAUAUUGCUCAAAGGCAUUCAGUUUGUUUCUCCUUUUUGGUUUGGCUGUCUUGAGGUUUGUUAACCCUCGGACGGACAAGCAUUCUAUGUUACUACUUUGGGUUUGGUGCAAGGUACUUCCUGCAAUUGUAAAUUGUAAAUUGUAAAUAUCUUAUUAUCCACUCCCCUCAGGGCUUUUCAGGGAUAAUUUACAACACUGGUUGGGGGACUUUGCCAGACUGCUUAAGGUGCAGUUUACAAGUAGUGAAGGAAUGAGUAAUGAUGCCCCCAUACAUGAGUGUGAAAGUGAGAUAGGCCACUACACCGGGCACUACGUGCCCUACUCUUUACGAAGAGUGUGUGGGUUCUUUAACGUCCCACAGAUUUAAUACAUGUGCAAGGGCUUGUGAGACGGGGCCUACGGUUUAUCGUCCUUAUCCGAGAAGACUAGAAAGUCUAGCCGUUUGCAGAUAUUAUUACAAAGGCAGCACUUUUUCCUCAGUUAUUUAAAGACCCUGAGUGUUGGUCCGGCCGGGGUUUGAACCCGCGACCUCCCGCUCAGUAGACCGGCGCUCUCCCAACUGAGCUAACCAGGCGGCGGCCUGCAUUAAAUAUUUCAAAUUUAGGUUACAGAUGUUUUGGUUCUUUGGUUUAAAUUUUCAUUUUCCAAAAACAGUAUCAUUUAUUACCAGACUCAAAAAUACUAAGAAGAUGAUAAUUAAACCAAGAAUAAAUUUGAACUGCAACAUAUGCACGUAGUAAUAAGCUACCGAGACAAAUGCCGUCUCCCCUGCCUUAUAAGGCGUAAGGUGGAACAAAACAACAUUCUUUAAGAUGUAUUUGACGAAAAAGGAGGCAAACCCAGACUUAGAAGCUAUAGUGGUGACACUUCCUUUUUUUACAAGGGUGUAGAAGGUAAAGACGGCUCACCUGGUUCUAGGGGACCUAGAGGACAAAAGGUGAGUCUCUUGAUCAAUUGCAUAUUUCUAACACAGAAUUACUAAACUUGCCACGUUAGUUGGAUUUUGAAACAAGAUAAUAAGCCUCUGCGAGAUAAGCAAUCUUUAGCUAGUAUCUUUGUAUGUAGUUUUCUAUAUUUACUUAAGUACAGGCUCUAGUUGUCCAAAAAGCGGAUAGUAUACACUUAAUGUCAGAUCCCAAGGGAAACAGUUAGUUUUGUUUUCCCAAGAGUCCUGAUGUUUCCCGAGACGAAGUCGAGGGAAACAUCAGGACUCGAGGGAAAACAAAACUAACUGGUUUCCCGAGGGACCUGACAUUAAGUGUUUUGUUAUGUUUCUAGACUUUCACUUCAACAGCAACAAAAGAAUAACCGGAGCGAACCAAAACAGUCGACUCGGUACUUAUAACAACACAAAUUUAAUUCUCAAAACCACUGAAUGAAUGAUCUACAAACAAAAGUACUUUCCUCAUGUUAUCUGCAUCUUUUUCCUCCACUAGCUGCUGUUUUUCUUCUGGGAACUUCUGGGAUAACUUUAAAAAUCGUUGCUUUUUAGCUUGAGGCUUCGUUUUUGUGUUGUUGUGUUCAUUCACGAAAAAGAAAACUGGCUGGACCUGGCGGUGUUUUUCCCGCCUUCUGUCACACCACUUUCCACCAUGCUUUGAUCACGUGCUGCAAUGUAUCCCGAGCGGGAUACAUUGUUUAAUGUAUCACGAUCGGGAUACAUUUAAUUUUAGUCAAGGCCACGUGACCAAGAAUCAACCAAUGGCAGUCCCUGUUUAGUUGAGUGAAAGUCUAGGAAUAUAACAAUGUUAUUUACAUACUUGAUAAAUCAGGCAGAAUCCACCGGAUUACCUAUUUUAGUAAUUGGUUUCCUGGAUACUUGUCCACCGGACAGUGGAUGACUUUAUUUAACAUUUGAACAACCGAGGUUAGGUAAGACAGGCUUAAAACGGUGUCCACAAUGGAAAACUAAAGCAAAAUGUCAUAAGAAAUUCGCGUGGAUCAUGAUCACAUUUUGUUCAGACUUGUACGUUCUACUUGGCUAAGAACGUCUAAGACCAGAAAGAAACAAGACAACCAGGUUAGAUGUCCGUUAGAGUUGAGGGAUCAAGUGAGCGGCAAAAAUUAUAUGAGACGACUUUUUCGAGACAGUAACAGAGUCUAGUUUCAUAAGCAGCUCAUUUGGCAGCAGACGUACAGUAUCUCAGUAAAAACGUUUGUUCAUCCUCUUAAGUCAGCCGACCUUUGCUUCGAGUUCUCUAUUUCAGUCCUUCAACAAGUUAAACUCCUCCCCUGGUUUUUAGUAGGAGAGAAAAAAGGGUACCUGUUACUUAAUAUUAAACAUUUGGUUCUUCUACCACAGACCAUUUUAUAUUUUUUUAACGUAAAUGAAUUUGAACAGGGUGACAAGGGCCAGAAAGGACCAACAGGCAACCCAGGAAGGCCAGGGCGAAAGGUUAGAUAACAGUCCAAUCCAAAAAUGCUACAGUAACUUUUUAAACUUCCCCAACGGCCAUUUAAAGAGGGAAAUACCCAAACUGAUUAACUCAAUAUACUUUCCUCAUUUUAUUUUGUUAACAUUUUUGUUCUGAAUAUCGGUUUGGUUUCAAAACGUGGCUAAGUGUGAAGCUACAGGCUAUAUCCGAGUCGUCUCAAGCCUCUGCUUCAAAACGAGGCUAAGUCACGAUGUGGUCGUUCUAGAGAGGUUCGACUAUACAUUUUCAAUUCUGUUUCAGUUAUGUGGAUCUGCGGAUCCAAAGCCAUAGGAAAUGAAGCCUAAGACCACACAUGAAGUUCAUAUGGAAUCCUAAUUAAGUGAAAUAAUUUAUUCGCCUUCUAGGGAUACCAAGGUGACCGAGGACUGAUGGGUGCCCAGGGUCCACAGGGACCAGUGGUAAGCCAUUGAAAACAACAAUCGUCAAACAAUUAUAGCCAGUGUACAGACGUCCCCCUCCCUCAGAAAAAGACGGGAGAAGAGACUCUACUCCCAAUUUUUUUCUGAGGGAGGGGGGACGUCUGUACACAGGCUACAAACAAUCGAUCAAUCUAUCAAUUAACAACUUAAAUAACGUGUCAAAUGACUACUAGAUUACCACAAGCGGUACUAAUCGAGAACUUUUAACGAAACAAUAAUUAACGGUAACAGUAAACAUGAACAACAAAAUCGUUAACAUUGUCGAUAGAAUACAGUGUUUUUAAACUGACAUAGUUUUAAAUUUUUUAGACCUUCUACUUUAAAUACAUAACAUUGAUUCGUUUGUUUGCUUGUCUUUUUGUAGGGACCGUCUGGAGCUCAAGGGCCACCUGGUUUUGCUGGACGUUUCGGCCGAAGAGUAAGUGGCCAAAAUGAAAUAAAGUAACCGAACGAUGAUGGCAUUUGGUUAAUAUGGGAUUUCGUUUUUACUAGCAAGUGACGUAUUUCAACUAUUACAAGACAUGUUUGUUCAUCGUAGACCCGUAAAAUUGUCUUUUGAAUGUAAAUUUUUUAAGUUUGAAAACUAGUUUCUUAAAUAAAGUAUUAGGUCUUAAGGUUCAUAGCGAGUGACGAGCAAAACUACUGAGCAAUGUUUCGGGACUAAAUUGCUGUGUCAAAAAUAUAUUUAGUAUAAUGAGCUAGUAAUUAAUUUCCCCCUUUUAUCUCAAAAAGGGGCGUCCUGGAGAGCGAGGAAAAGAUGGUAAACCUGGUCAAACGGUAAGCUUAUAACUUUUUCCGAGUGCGCUUUUCGUUUUAUAUUACCAGCAAACAAGUAUGACUGUUAGACAUUUUUAAAAGCGACAUCGCAUUUUCUACAGGGCGAGCGUGGACUGACUGGACAGGCUGGGCUGCCAGGACCUCCUGUAAGUAUUCAUUUUUCUCUCUUCUAGUUUUACAGUGCGCUUUGUAAUUGAGUUGAACCGAAAUUUUCGUAAAAAUAAUUAAUUGUCUUUUUCAUGCAAUUCAGGGACCACCUGGUCGCUAUGGUCCAAGAGGGAUUAACGGAGAAGAUGGCAAACCGGUAAAUCGUAGCUAACAAUUGCAAGUCGCACAUUAUGAUCUUCGGUUGUUCACUCCACACCAGAUCACUCGAUCGUAAAAUUGAUCUGAAUGGCAGUUGCUUACAAAGAUCUGGCCGUAACUACUUAUAGCUGGUAGAAAUUUAACUUUGUUAACCCAACCCUUUGCGGUUUAAAGGCGUAUUUUUGUCAAGAACUUCUAAAAGGCGAUCAUUAGCAAGUUUCAUUCCUUUCGCAGGGUUUGCCAGGAACUGGAGGACCCCACGGUCGCACUGGGAGGCCAGGUUUCAUGGCAAGUAAUAAUUCAACAAGCUGUGUUACUAUAACAAUACAUGUAGCUUCACAUAAAAAGAAACAAUUUUUAAAAGCGCUCACUCUUUUUCUUCCCCCCUCCCCUCUUCACUCCUAAUAGAGACCACCUAUCAUGGCGUGGUAAUGAGCAAGUGUCCAUAUGCCGUUGGCAUUGACAGGCCAGCUUGGUAUCAAACUGCAUCUAGAUCUAAUAAUUAAAAGUAUUCCUUAAGAUGGGUCGUCGCUUUGAGAUUGCAUGUGCUAUCAACAGUUAUUUAUUACUGCAACAGUAAUUAAACUACCUUCCCAACUUCCUUAGCUUUGAAUGGUGGGCGAGACUUAUGCCCCAUUUACACUAUCUAAACAAUUUUAAUUAAACUAGGUUGAAGAGUGUGUCAGUGACAGAAAAACUUAAACACAGGAUUUUGCACAGAAUUCAAAUGAACUUUAACAUGUUACAUAAUUGCCUAAAUUUUUUCAUCAAUCAAAGUAGAGUUUUUCAGUGAGCAGCUUCUAUUCAGUAAAGAAAAUAAUUUCAAGCCAUGUUUAAGGUGAUUCCUUAGUAAAAGAACCUAACAUAGAUUGUAGAUGAAACUUGGUACACUGAUGAAACAAGUCAAGAAGAUGAUAAAAAAGUAAUAAAAAGUGGGGGUCACAGUGCUCGUUUUGACGUCACAAUGCUGACAAAUACGGCUAUUUUGGACCCUUUGACAAAAACCGCGCGCAGCCAAAGCUAGACAAAAAGGAGAGAUUUUUUCGAUGACGCAUGUGGCAUCGGACAGAAUUUGACUUUAUUGUAUUGUUUAUCCACUUACAUACCAGAAAAAUGCCUUUCAAUGCUCCUGUUUUUACUUUACGCUCCAAAGUAGAAUUGAAUUGGACACGCGCUAUUCGACCCGUGAUAGCUCAAUCCGUACAAUUUAUUAAAAUUGCCAAAAAACUGAACAUAGAUUUGUGCCAAUUUUUUUCUCAUCGAAAGGAAGCACUGUCCUUAUUAAAAUCAUGAAAUAAAAAAUGGGGGUCACCGUACUCGUUUUUGCGGUAGAGCUGCAGAAAGUGCGCACCAAAUGCAUUUUCUCUGAUUUUUGAGAGAGGACUGGGGCGAGUUUCAAAAUAGAAUGUAUGUGAAAGGGGGAAGAAAGUAUUAAAAAAUCCGUUUUUACAGAAUUUACAUCGAGAUAUUACAUUUAGGACACAAUGUGAUAAAGAAAGCGUUUAAAUGAAAAUCAAAGUGAGUAAGCACAAGUUAAACAUCCGCUAUCGAGGUUCUCCGUGAGGAAGUCGAACUCAUCAACACGCGUGCUGCUUAAGUUAUGCACAUCCCCAACACAUUGAGUCUCACCUCGGCAAGAAACAACCGCAAGCAAAAAUUCGAAUAGCGUUUCUCUUCAGUCAACUUCAUUUUAAUAAUGUUACUUCACAUGCUCUUUUUUACGGCGGCCAUCUUGUUAUGCGCAGUAAGAGAUGCGCAGUGCAAAACCAGGGAAAUGUUUAAGCUUUGAUGUUAAAUGGGACUUAAAAUUCUUUGAGCAAGAUUCCUAAUUCAUUAUUAUUUUUCCUUAGGGUUAUUUAGGGUUACCUGGACGUCCAGGGUUAACCGGAGUUAAAGGAGAGAAGGUAACAGAGGAAAAUACUAUUUUCAAAAGGAAAGCUUUACAUCUGCAAUGCAAGCCUGAUUGGAAUCGGCUCUUUAGGCUCAUUAUUCCCGAAUACCCCAGAACGUAUCAUGCCAAAGAAACUUUCAGGACAAAUUAUAUAAACUGGUCCAAAUUUUUCUUGCUCUGUGUUUCUUUGUAGAAUCGUAUCAAUCUAUUGCCCAAUUGAUGGUGUUUGAUAGAUAAGCUAUGAAUUUUUAAUUUUGUUUAAUGUAAAUGCCUUAGUUCCUGGGCACGUGGACUCUGUAAAAAAAGAGUAGGUAUCUUCACUUGCUUUGGUUGAGGCUGACGUCUUGGACAUUAGAGGUUUAUCAUAAUAUUGCAGUUGAAGAGUUUUUUCAUUCUAGACUUCUAGAGGUUGUUUGAAUGUACUUUUUUAGCAUGCUUUUAGUCUGUAUUUGCUGUGAAUACGCUAUUUUAUUCCGCUUGUUUCUUAUUUCAAUCAGGGUAGCGUUGGAUUUCCUGGAGCAAUUGGCAUUGAUGGCAAAGACGGAAUGCCGGUGAGUGUUUCCAGGACGCUUUUGUUUUGUUUUUAUUAUGCCUUUUUUAUUAAUAAUUGUAUAAAUUAAAUGUUUCUUUUUUUUCCCCAAUGGCAAUACAUUGAAGACGAAAGAAAAAGGGUUGCUCUUGACCAACACUUCUUCCUGGGCUGACAUCUUGGGAAAUCUCUUUCUAAAGCGCCCACUCAGUUUUAGGUUUGUACGUUGCUUCUUCUAAUGUUUAUUUUACUGUUACGCAGGGAGAUGAUGGAAGACCGGGUUCAUACGGCCCACCAGGACUAAGAGGACCAAAGGUUUGUUUUCACAAUUUACUAAUUAAUGAAACGGCAAAAGUAGAAUCUCUCAUUUCAAACCCUCUAAAACAGGAUCACUUACCUAUUAUGGAAAUUCUCUUUGUCCCAAAAAUACCGAUCUUCAUACAAUUUCUACCUCCACGAAAUGGAUUUAAAAUAGGUCAGAAGAGAAAACAUUCUGAACCCAAAGCUAACCUCGAAGGCGCAGUGCAUACGUUUUUUUUAAAGUUUAUUGCAAGUAAAACAGAGAAGAAAAAAAAUUACAUGGAGUAAAUAGAUAACUAAAGAAAUAAAAAAAGUGAAUCUCACAGGGCAAACUUAGAUUCUUUAGAAUUGACAGAGAUUUGAUUUGUAGUCGUAAUAUUGUAUCAAAAUCUUUUCUUCUUCUGAAAACCAAAUCCUGGUCCCAGAUCUGCCUUUCAAUGUCCUAUCUCUAGACAGCUACAGCUGACGUACUAAAUGUCUUUAUUUAAUAUUGGUGUAACAGGGCAAAGAUGGUCUCAAUGGAAUUUCAGGAAAACCUGGAAAAAGAGGGGAAGAGGUAAAUGCAUUUUCCAUGUUAUGUAGAGCACCGCUUAUGAGUUAAUUCUUACACGUUAUUCUUUCCGAUAGCGGUCCUUCUCAGGCAUACUAGAAAAUGAUUUUUUCUAUAUGCUGUAGAAAAGUAAUUAUAAUUCUAUUAUAAAUGUGAAUUCUAUCCGGCUUAAUUUAAUUUAUUCUUUUUGUGUUUCAUUUAAGGGUGCACAAGGAUCUCAAGGAACAUCAGGAAUACCUGGACUGGCAGGCCCGACUGUGAGUUAUAGCAGUUGCAAUACUUUGAAAUCAGUUUGGAUAAAAAGCAAAGAUGCUCGUUUUUUAUUACUCAAACUUCAAUCUUAAACAAGGAAAAUGAUGAAGGGUAAAGUAGGGUGAAGACCGCGUAUGUGCCGAGCGUUCCAUUGGAUUUGAGCUUGUCCCGGUUUCCAUGUAGCAUGGAGGAAUUAGGCAUAAAUUAUUUCAACUGCUAGUCCAUCUCAGCAGUAACCCCUAACAAUCUAUUUCUGCGGGAUCCAUUCACAAAUGUGGAUGGGGUCAGGCAUCACGAGAUUACAGUUCCUUGCCAAAUUUUCCUGAAUAAAAGAGCGAGAGAUAGCUUCGAGGUAACGCGAUUUUUUGGUUUCACUGACACCAACUUAAAAGUAAAACAAAAUAUAAGUCACCGCAUACCGUUUUAUCAUAAAGUAAUUCUGGUUUGGUUGCAAUUUGAGCAGUAAAAAAGGAACGUAAAACUUUCGUCCCCGGGUGGGCUCGAACCACCAACCUUUCGGUUGCCAAUGUUGAGAUAACAGCCGAACGCGCUAACCGAUUGCGCCACGGAGACAUCAAUAGUUUGAUACGCAAGUUACAUGUUAAAAAUAAAUAGAAAGAGCUGUCUUUAUCAUUUCCUUUUCAUUUCUAUUCAGUUCUAAGAUAACCUUUAAAAAAGAAUGUAGAAUCAUACCUACUUCAAAGGUUUGUACCAAGAGGGUAAAUUUUAACCGGAAGAAGGUGAAAAUGACUUUUAGACAGAAAAAAAAUUACAAGUUAAGAUGCACCUAAUUGCAAUGGCGUUGUCAUAGGAAACUGCAAAAGGAAAAAAGCCAAAAUAGUUGCCUGGGACCAGGCUCCGCAUAAUCACCUCAGCUUGAACUCAAAUCCAGGCCUAUCGAUUCGGACUACAAGGUGACCAUACUUCCUACAAAGGGGAUAAUGAAUAUUGUAAAAAACGAAAAGAUUAGAAUCGUGUAAGAUUACCAGAAAUGUUUCAUAGAAAGAACAGUCUCUUAAACAUCAUUCUCUGGCCUUGCGCAGAACUCUGUUAGCUCUUUGACUGACCGUUUUUCAGCGCUUCCCUUCACUGCUGAUAUGUAUUAUGCUGGCCUUCUCUGCUAUAAAUGUAAUGUGCCUUUAUGGUGUUGAUGUCAACUUAAUUUACUGAAUCUUUGCAGUGAAAAUGUAUUAAUACACUGCUUUCUGUUCUCUCAUUCACUUUAUGUUUAGGGUCCAACUGGGCCGCGAGGUCCCAGUGGUCUAAAAGGGACAGCUGGAUCCAAGGUAUGUUUACGUUAACUUAUUUCCAAAAGUAGUUAUGUCUAGUAAUAAACAAAGGUUACGGAGUGCGGGCGACAAAGAUCGAAGGUCAAAACGCUUUUACACCAACGCUGUGCUUUGCGUAAGUUUCACGUGAUAAAAGGUCAAAACACGAAAUGCGUUUUGUGCAUUCCAUUCGAAAACAUUCUUGGUGGAAGUCCAAACGAAUGCUGGCUACAUACGUGCGACGCAUGCGUAAUAACAACCUGGAGGUUAGGAUUGCAGGCUCCUCUUGUCGCCCGCAAAAUUAUAGAAAGGUUUGCUUUAUUUUAAAAUAACUAAAGAACUCUUUUUGGCAAAUAAAAGACCAAAGACCGUCAAUCGGACUUGCCACGUAGUUGGGUUUUUCCUCGCUUUGCAAUGCUUCCUGUGAGUCCUUUUCCAUGCUUUGCUUUGCAUGUGCCUGGAAAGGAUGCCUAAUAUUCAGACAUGUUAAGUCGGAAUCUCGAAUUCAUUUUAUCAAUUCAUUUUCUUUUGUCAACCGAAAAGUUAGCUUCAUGCUUUUCCUACAGGGAUCCAAGGGUGGAACAGGCGAUCUUGGACCUAAAGGAACAACGGGAGAACUGGUACUGCCAUUAAAUUCUUUAAGUCAAGAAUCGCAACUUUAUUUACUUUAAACAGAAAAUUACUUUUGUGUAAAAAAAGAACAUUUUUGUAUUGUCCUUCUAUUCUAUAAUCGUUCUAUCGUUGUUGAGAACACAAAUGUUCGAGAGUAAAUCAAUCUAAAUAAUAUAAAAAAGGCAAAUUUUUGCAUUGUCCUGCUAUUUUAUUUUCGUUCUAUGGUUAUUCCCUAACCUAAUGUUUCAAGGUUCUACCUUCUUUAGUUUGACAGAACGACUUGGUGUAGAAAAAUACUUUAAUUUAUUAUUAUUGCAUUUAUUAGUGCUUACAAUUUACCCAAACCAUCCGGUUGGGAAUCUCAUGCGAAAACAUUUAACGAUUAAAUAUGACCAUGUGGAAGAAGAAUAUAUUACAAGGUGUAGCCAAAUCAGCAGGAAAGAACUAAAAAGAGUUGAAAAAUAGCAUCGCCUCAAAUGACAACCCACAUUUUCUGAAGAGAGGCGCUAACCAUAAGCUCUAUUCCACCCAUUUAAAUGAUAAGUACCUCUUGUGAAAACAAAUUUUCUUCUGAUGUAUCUGUUGUCAAACUGAGAAAGCCACUUGGUUUUAAACUUGUAGGGUUCCAUUGGUAGUGUAGGUGAACCUGGUGAAAUUGGAAGUCCUGGAGACCCGGUAAGUUAAAUAUAGACUCAACGUUCUGUAACAUUUGAUGGUAAUACUGCGUGAUUUUCCACAUCCUGAUCAUGUAAUGACUGUCAUUACAGCAUUCCAGGCCUGUAAACAAAAUUUUACUGUCAUAUUCACUGUAAAAAGCAUACUUUUCUGUGUUGCUUUGAUAUUAUGUACAUUUGGUAUAAACCCUUCUAACGGCGUGAUCAGUGAAAAGAGACCUUGUAAGAUUGCCCAUGCCAGCAGUACUUUACCGUGUGGCACAGUUUAUUAUGCUCUGUUAUAAGGCCCUAUCUUUUUACGUGUAGAACAUGUCAAUGAAACUGACAGGUUAAAACCUUUUAAUUACGGCUUCUUAGUAAUCAGAACUGUCUCGUACUAAUGUUGCUUGGGCUCGCCCUUGAUAAACUCCUAUGAUUGUGUUUGUGUGUGUGAUGAGACUGUUUCAGCUAGAACCAUCACCUGAUCCUGAACUGGGUUCAUUGUAAUAAAACUACAGAAAAGUAUUUGCUGGCGAUUUUGUUUGCCACGAUUUCAAAGGUUAUGUUUAAUCUCAAUAUUUUUUUAGGGAAAUAGAGGUCCUCCCGGAAAUCUAGGAAGGCCGGGGCCUCCCGGAAGACCGGUAAGACUGCAAUUUGGUCGUUUUUCUUCAUUAGUUCUUUCUUCUUGUCUUAUUUUUGUGGCGUUAUACAUUUAUGCAGUAAUUUACCAAUCCAGCCGACGUUGUUUGUCUGUGCUAAACUGUUCCCGAAUCUUUGAAAGAGCCUUUGUUUUUUACAGCAUGUAUGCCAUUGGAGACAUGUUAUCUAACGGUCACUAGAAUGAGCCUGCAAAACUCAUUUUUUUUAAUAUCAUGUUUUCAGGGCGCUGAAGGUAAACCGGGAAUAGAAGGAAGACCAGGAAUUCCCGCUUCCAAGGUUUGUACAGAGACUGUACAUUGAUAUCGUGAAAGAGUAUUUAAAAGGAGGAUAACACCAUCCUCCGUCUUGCAGUGCUGUCAAACUAUAUUAUCAAAGGGCAGUACCCCACCCAGCAUGACUCAUUUCAAUGUGGCGCGGCGAAGCCUAUUUCCCUUUCGUGAACGGUCGUUGCCAUUUCUGACAGUCGAUGCCCCUAUGGUUAACCAAGCCUUUAGUUAUGAUGGAUAUAAUAUAUUUCCUGGAUUAAGAUUACAGUAAGGAAAAUAAUAGUCUAGUACGUAACAGUUAAGCAAGACAGUUUUCUAGUGUAUGUAAUCAAUUUUUUCGGAGUUUUGGCCGGUUGGUGUGGUAGUGUAGUGGUACGGGGGAGAGAUUAGGAUACGACAGGCCUGGGUUAGAGGUCCAGGUUCAACCCUGGGUUGCGAUUUUUUUUCUUUUUAAUAGAAAUGCUUUCAAUAACACGUCAAAAAUUUUCUAAGUGUCUUAAAAAUGCCAGCGACCGUUUACGAAAGGGAAAACUGCCGCGGCGAAGGAAGCGAAACGGUAUCGACUGUGCGGUAGAGCUUCAAGAGGUUGCUGAAGGUUGCCUUCGUUGAUCUAAGAUUUUGUUUGCCGUUUAAGCCAGUUGCCACUGAUUAUUGAUAAAAAUGGCUUUAUGUGGAGAAAGAGCAUCAAGAGGAUGAUUUGACGAAGAAACAACUAUAAUACGUUCUUUUUAAAUUUUCCUGAAUAAAAGAACGCGAGAGAGCUUCGAGGUAACGAAAUUGUUUAUUUUUUACUGACAGCCACUUAAAAGGUAAAACAAAAUAUAAGUCGUCACAUACCGUUCAGCAUUACAUUGCAAUAUCAUAGUGUAAUUCCGGUUUGGUUGCAAUUUGAACCAAAAAGAAGGAACGUAAAACUUUCGUCCCCGGGUGGGCUCGAACCACCAACCUUUCGGUUGCCAAUGUUGAGGUAACAGCCGAACGCGCUAACCGAUUGCGCCACGGAGACAUCUGUAUGCGAGUUACUUGUUGAAAAUAAAUGAGCACUAGAAAGAUCUGUCUUUACGAUUUCCGUUUCAUUUCUAUUCAAUUCAAAGAUAAAGAUAAGCUUUAAAAAAGAAUGUAGAAUCGUUCAUGCCUCAAAGGUUUGUGCCAAGAGAGUAAAUUUUUACCCAGAAGAAGGAGAAAAUAACUUUCAGACAAAAAAAAAAGUUUAAGAUGCACCCAAUUGCAAUGACGUUGUCUAAGGAAAAUGUAAAAAGCAAAAUAGGAAUAAAAUAUACUUGUUAAUGACCAUUAUAGGUUUCACCCGCAUUUGCAACCUACACGUACAGUUAAAAUUGUAUUUUAACGAACAACAACAAAGAGAUUAAACAUAAAAGAGGCUAGAAAAUGAUUAAGUUAUCAAGUGCAAGUAUUAUUGUCUAAGAUAACGUUUGAGCUUUAUCUUAAAUUCACUGAGAAAGUCCGUUUGUCUGAUAUUUCCCGGUAGAGUGUUGUAUGUGCGAGCACCGUUUAUUCUAAAGCUUCCUUGGUACUUGAUAGUUUUCGCAAAAGUAGGACGCAGCAAGUCAUGGCUUAUGGUAUUGUAUUGUAGUAAGUGCAAUGGCACCAUUCCAUGAAGACAUUUAUAGACUAAGACUAAGACGCACUUCAAAUAGUCUCUACGCGCUUGAAGGCUGGGCCAGCCAAAUGUCGACUUUAACUCGUCAGCCCUGAUAGAUCGACCUUCAAUAAUACAGGCGACACGUCUGUUUAGCUUAUCUAGAUACGAUUUGCUCGCAACCCCACAACUAAGUCCCAGACAGACGAACAGAAGUCGAACAAUGGUAAGACUAUUAAUUAUUAAUAGUAUUUUAGAGCAUUAGACGAGUAGAUUUGGGAAGAACCUGGCGCGCUCGACUCAGAAUACCUAAUCGACCUAACCUUUUCGAGAUCGUAUUGCCAAUAUACUCUACAUGGUCCUUCCAAGACCGGGUGUGGUCUAGGAGGACCCUAAGAUAUUUGAAGUUGUAAACCCUAUAAAAGCGCGUGUUUGUUUUCAUGCCUUAAAAACCCCAUACUGUAGCCUGUACACAGACGUCGUUGUUGGCUUUUUCUUUUAAAAAAUCGGCGAGCAUGCAAGCGAAGCGAGCGUGGAGGGCGAGAACAGGGGCGGUGUGUCUAUUUUCUCUUUUCUCCACCCCACCCCCUUGCGCUAACGGUCAAUAAAUGCCCCGCGGUUUUUAUUUUCAUACGCGCACUUGACGAUCUCUAAAGAGAAAAUAGAGGGAUUGUGAACAGGCUAUCUAUGCUGCAAAUGAAUGCAUCCCAGAGUGCUUCAUCAGCAAGCCUAAGAAAUUCCCAUUUGGCAGUUUUCCUUUUUUUCAUUUUCCUUUCCAGCGUUUUUCUAAAACAUGGUUAUUGUAAUUAGGUGUAACAAGAGGUGAUUUCAGAAUAUAAGGUUUUGUUUAAACGUUAUUUUGUUAUAUUUUAUGUCAUAUAUUUUCCUUGUGUCUUUAAUUUUUUUCACUAAUCGAGACACAUUUAAACGCCAAAAAAGAAAGUUUUUUUUCGUCUCAGGCUUUGAUUUUAUGCUUGGAAAGAAUUUACAUGUCAACAUCAUUGCAUAGCAAUGAUUUUUAACGGAAAAAAGAACGAAAAAUAAAACAUUCGUCCCCGGGUGGGCUUGAACUACCAACCUUUCGGUGACCAACUAUAUUGUAACAGCCGAACGCGCUAUCCGAUUGCGCCACGGAGACAAGUUGAUUAACCAGUUUGGUUUUAAGUUAGAUAAUUGAAAAUAAUUUAACAGUAGAUAUAUCUCUCUGUUCUCCUCCUUUUCCUUCUGUCUUCUUCCACAAGACAGAGAAGAAAUAUGAAGUUUUAAGAAAAUUUGUAUUUAGUUGUUUCAACCUUGAAGAAAAACCACGACCACGACAUCUAGUGAAAGUGGAAGCUGAUUGUGGCUCUUGCUGUGGUAGAGUAAGAUAUUACAGUCAUGUGAAUCUUUUAAUUUUAGGGUGCAAAAGGACCUCAUGGAAAACCAGGAAAGCCAGGACCGCCAGGACUUCCAGUAAAUAAAUUUAGUGUUUGGUACAAUAAACGCCUUUUUUCCCUGCUGUUUUUUAUCUGUUACCAUAAGCAUAAAUAAAAAAUAAUAUGCUUUGAUUUUUUUCAGGGCCCGAGUGGUCGUAAUGGUGAACAUGGUCGACCAGGACAAGACGGACACAUUGUAUGAAUGGUUUUUCGCGUAAAACAAACAUCUCUGCUUAGUUAUUUAAGUCAGUUUGGCUUAUUUUAGUUGCUUAGUUAAUUUGUACAGCGAUUCCGAGAUUGGCAGGCAAUGACUUGCCGAUUAAUACUGACAGAGUUUAGGCAGUGCCUUGGCAUUUUGAUAGUGCUGGGCGACAAGUUAUUAACUACCACAAUGCGAUUCAUAUCUGCCCCCUUAUUUUUUUUGUAGACGAGAGCUUCCUCAUGCUGUCUGACUCCUUUUCUAGCUGUUAGCUUUACUUACAUAGGUCUCUCUGGAUGUAUUUAUCAUCACGACCUUUUUUUUUCGUUCUUUCCGUAUUGUGAUUCAAUAUUUUCCCGUUACACAUUCGUAGAAGAGAGCUAUCUCUCGCUGUCGUACUACUUUUCUAGCUAUUGUCACUUUACCUACAUAGGUCUUGCUGUAUUUAUUAGCAUAACCUUUUUCUGGUCCCAUUUUAGGGUCGACCAGGACCAAUAGGAAGUGCUGGUCCGAAAGGAGAAAGAGGCAAAAAGGUAGUAAACUCACCGAGAGGCUUUAUUUCUUCUUAUCAUCGCAUAAGUAGGCUUAGUAGUCAGCUUGCCCCAAAAAUGGGGCUAUUUCGGUGAGUAAAAUACAGUCCUAUUUUCGAGCCAAUUUUGCUCCCUAAACCAGGGCCAAUACAGGACUUUGGCCUGCGGGGCUGAAUUAGCAUUUUGGGGCUGAAACAGAUCUUUUCAAUUUUCAGUGUACGUUAUUUAAAUGUUCAAUCAUAAACACUUACCUUGCGUAUGCAGUUUCUCAGAAACGCCAAAAGAUAACUGAGUCCUUAUGCACGAUUUAAUAUGUAAAUAGGACAUAUUCAUUUUGUUGUAUGCGCAACGAUUUUCUGCUAAGAUAGUGAGAACACUGUUAUUUUACAGAUGUGAGUUUUUAGUUGUAACUCGCUAGAGGCGUCCAAAUGAAGUUACUAGGUUUUAAAUGUGAUACGUUCCCAUUAUUUUCUUUUCUACACUAGAUAUUAAUUAAGCUUAAAACAGGGACACCCAACGAGAAUAUAGUUCAAAACCACUUAAACAUAGCAUUGUUGAAUGUAUUUUAGCAUUUAAACGGUAGAUAUAGGAAUAUUUUUAUCCCCGAAAAUUUUUUUAUCUGUUCGGAUUUCCUAGCUGAAAGAUUAGUGAUCCGAAAAUUAUAGGGAUCAAAACUUACCUUUUCGAAAAUUUCAGCCAGAAAAAAGGCUCCCGAAUAUUCUAAGUGACCUUUUUAGGGUAAAAGUCCGUUAAAAAUGGGCAAUUAUACGGUUUUUUAGAUGUUCGAAAAUCCCAGGAGAGUCAGGCAAGCAAAACAUUUUACAACAAAUGUUCCGAAAAUUCUAGAUCUCAAAUCGUCUUCCGAACAGAUAUUCUCCAAAAAUUCCGGUUGGGUGCCCUUGUUAAAAGAUCUUAAUUAUAUUCUAACUAAGAGACAGACCAUAGUGAAGGGGAAACUAGACCGUUUUCGGCGAUCCAAAGAAUGCACGGUAACCGUUUGAUGGCGUUUUGAGGCACGGAUAGCUGUGGCAAUAUUCCCUUAAGAUUAAUAUUGGCCUUUAUUAAUUCUCAUGAGUCCUCUUUUUUUUCCUUUGCUGAUUUAAAAAAUGUUCUUUAUCAACAUACAGGGUAUACCUGGGUUUGUCGGAGUAGUUGGCAGUCUAGGAAUGUCUGGAGAAUUGGUAAGAAUUUCUCCCCCUCCCCCCUACAGACCCCACCUCGUCCUUUGCUCUCACUUAUUCCGUAGCUGACUUGCCACGUGUAAGGGAAUCCAAGACAGUCUUGGAUUCUGGAUUCAGGUAUUGGACUUCGGAUUCCUUGUGAGUGGAUCUUGGAUUUCGGUUUGCAAUCGUUAGCGGGAUUCCCGAUUCCUUUGGAUGAAUUCCGGAUUCCACAAGCAAAAAUUUAUCAGAUUUCAGAAUCCGGAUCACAUCACCGUCUUAUAGUACUGUUAGUGACAGUACUAUUCUAUCAACCGACUUCAAAAUUAAGAAAUUAUUAUAAUUAUAAUUAUUAUCAUUCAUUGCCCCAAAACCAGCGGCCUUCCUGUAUCUAUAUAUCUAGAAACCCUAUGCAUCGUGCCUAGAAAGAGCACCUACUUCCACUAGCAUCUGUGUAGAGAUUUACUGUGUUGUCGAAAAAUAAAAUUCUUUUAGCUAUGUUUGGUUUAAAUAUUUAUUACCGAAGUUUCAUGCUCUUUUUGGUCUUUACAAAUAUUUGUCAUUUAUUUUUGCAUCCCAGGGAGAUCAAGGACCGGAUGGUACCCCAGGGACACCAGGAGAAGCUGGAUUUAGAGUAUGUUAAAGAUGAUUCAAUACAGUAAAACAACCACAUAUAAGAACAAGUGGAUUAAGAACAUUAGGCUGAAAGUUGGCCAAUAAAGCAGCACACAAACAAUCAAUUCAGGCUGAUGAAUAAAAAAUGUUCUCAAUAGUACAAUGUACGGUAUUUCUGAACCAAAUUUUAAGUACUUAUAAGAACAUUAAUUUCGGGUGAUUUUCUAGAAACAAAUAAGAACUUUCAGGUCAGACUUAUAAGAAACAUUAGGUUUCAUGUAUGUGCGUGUUUCUCAGUUAGAACUGGCAAGAACCCAGUAAAUAAGAACUUUUAUCGUCUUUACACAGCCGUAUGCCACUUUUUGUAUGGGUAUGCCAAUUUUAAGGAAAGGUCUAUAGUAUCUAGAUAUCUUAUGGCAAGCGAUUCCUUUGGGGACUUUACAAGUGUUGGCAUUUUUUAGUGCUCUUGAAGCACCUGAAAACUCAUCGAAAAUUUGGUGUAUUUUUUAGACAUUUUUCAGUGACACGCGUUAUGUUCCCAUUGUUGUCCUUCAUACCUGUCUUUAUAUGGCUUUUUUUACUUUUGCAGGGUUUUCCCGGAGAGGAAGGAAAAGAAGGGCUCCCGGGGCGAGACGGACAACCUGUAAGCUAAGUUGUGUAUAAUAAUAGUAAUUGAACUGAGUGCGGGUAGCGCAUUUAGUCUGAAAUCUGCAUAUACGUGAUUUUGCACGAGUUCGAAUUGAAAUCAGUUUGAUUUCAAAUUAAAAUUACACGACACUAAGUUCAAGUACCAGUGACUUUAUUACAGCCAGUUUGAAAUCAGAGAAUUCAGUCACUGCCAAAAAUUUAUCGAUCUUGUAACCGGUUUGUAUUAUUUACAUCUCAUGAUGCGAUUUAGAACAUGAACGAUGCGAUCUAGAGUAAAAAAUAGUGUAAUUUGUGAAUAAAUCAGACUCACCGGCUGUUGAUAGCCAAUCAGGUCGCAGGAUCAACAUGCGGUGAUUUCAGAAUGGAAAUAAUAAGGGCUGUAAUGUCGUAGCCCAUUAUUUGCUCGUAUCGUUUUGAAUAGAAUAGGUUACAGACCCCCUCGUCAUCUUAAUGUGAUUUCGCUUGAUUUCCUGGGAAAUUCGUUUGUUUUGUUUUGUUUUGUUUUCAAGUCAAAGUAAAUUUACGGUUGAUUUGUUACGUAAUUCAGGAAGCAAAUUAUCUCUGCAACUUUUUUUCAUAACAUAAGGGAUUUUCUGGAGAAGACGGAGAACCAGGAACAAACGGAGAGCCUGGACAAAAGGUAAAGUCAUAGCACCAUUUUGCUCGUUUCGUUUUGUUUCUUUGUCUGUUUUGUUGGGGAAGAGGAGAAAGACAAGGUUAAGGAGAGGUUCACCGCUUAAAGAUAUUUUCCCUUCAAAAUUGGGUGGUUGUGUUUUAAAAUAUGUUCUAUGGCCCACGAAUUUUAAGAGCCUUACACGGAUUUGGAUUGUCCCUAACGUACUGAUAAAAUUGACAGAUGGUAAACGGCCAGAGCAUGUACUGUUGAGUUUUGUAGACAGAAACCCGAAAAAUAAAUCAAUAGUUUGCCUUCUCCCUAUUUCUUUCAAUUCUCCUCUAGUUGAAAUUGUAUACUUUUAUUCAUACUAUUGCAUUAGUACACCACUUCUCUAUUGAAACUAAUUGCGGUAAUACUGUGUUAGGGAGACGAUGGAGUGAAUGGAACCAUGGGUAGACAGGGACCACAAGGUUUAAUUGGAUUAGACGGCGAACCAGGAACGAAAGGAGAGACUGGGAUACCAGGAGAGCCAGUAAGGAACAUUGUUGAUGUUUUGUUUUAAAGUAAUGGAAAGACGUUGCAAGAGUCAUUAAUAAAUUGUUCACAUGAUUUUCAUCAACGGUUAGUACUGUAGGUAAUGAUAAUAAUAUGUGGCAUCCAGCCGGAUGUUUGAAACGUUAUCGCCAAAUGGACCUUUUGUGUGCGAAGUAGCCAUUAUAAAAACUAAGAGUGCAACCAUUGCUUUUUUUCUCUUCUCCUCCUUUCCUUCUUCUCGCUCUUUCUUUUGCUCCUUUCCUUUUCCUUUUUACUGUGGUUUUGAAGCUUUUCGGGCUUAAUUAAGAAACCUGCCUUUUGACGGCGUCCUUUCACUCAAAUGGCUGCAAAUUUGCUUAGGUUGGUUUUCAAAAAUCUCGUUAGAUGUACACGUUUACUAAUAAAUAGGUAGCUUAAGCAACGACGACGGCAACGUCAACAAUAACGGCAAAAAACAAUAGGUUAAGGGCCUGUCCACACGUAUCCGUUUUUGUUUGAAAGCGGAUAUUUUUUUCUCCUGUUCUACCCACCUUCCUCAAGUAUCCGGUGAAGACAGUCUCCGUAAAAGCAGCUUUCCAAAAAUACUCUCCAAAGUGGAGCUUUUUGAAAACGCCGACUUCUCCUUUACUUGUUGACGGACGAAAACGCGGGUUUUCGAAUACGAUGAUUUCAUACAUCAUACGCAUUACGCAUGCUCUGUAAGGAAUGCUAUCGUAUUUCCAUCUUUUUUGAGCGUUUUCGUGUGGACGGGCGAAAACGAUUUAAUUAGUAUGCGCUACGUGUGGACGAGUAUUUUUUUUCGUUUUAAAAAUAACUGGAAACGUUAAGGCCCAGGUCAAACGUCGAACUUUUCUUGAGACGAACCCGCAAACUUAGUGAGUAAAGUUCAUGAAAAGUUAAACGCCUGGCUUAGUUAAGUUCGUCUGAAUGAGUUUGGAUCGAAACUAAUUAAUGAAGAAUUUGCAUUAAAUGAGAAAGUAUAUUUAGCCUCAUUGGGCUAAAAUUGCUGUUUUUUGGUCUGAUUCAGUUGAUUGGUUCGACGCGCCCUAAGUUUGACGUCUGACCCAACAGACGAUCUUAUCUUAAUUUAGGUCGGAUCGACCCGAAUUAGAGUUUGGUUCGUCUCAUGAAAAGUUAUACGUUUGGUCUAGGCCUUAGAUUGGUAAAACAAAAACUCUGCACGUGCAUCAUACUGUUUUGUACAUUUCUUUGCCGUCAUUGCACGACUACGACUUGAAAAUGCUUAAUGUGAACUCAAGACAGCGACUUUCUUUUUCUUUUCCUAAACUUCGAUACCGUCUUUUAGAGUUCAACACCAAAAAAAAUUGCCAACAUUUGACGAUUUGAAUGAGAUGGAAUGAGCACGAUUAAGUUUGAAACAGCGUGACUUUACCUUUUAAGUGACAUUUUGUAGCCGUAACCGUAGCCGCCGCCGUCUUUGUUAUGCUCCUCAAUUGCUGUUUGUCGCCCGUAGGGAAAAGACGGCGAAGAUGGAGCCACUGGACCGAGAGGACAAAGAGGAUCACAGGUUUGAACCAGAUAUUUAACUCCAGGUGUAAUAAAAAAGUAAACCAGAAACUUGAGCCCCUCGAAUAGAUCGUGAUUAGGUGUAAUCUGCAGUCUUUUCGUGGAGCUAGGGAAACUCUUAGUCACCCCUAUUGGAUUCAGUUAAUCAGAUGUUUACAAUUUCAGCCAUCAAAAAGAUCAUUAGCUUCAUUAGGUUUUUUAGUUGUUUUUUUUUGUUUUUCGGAAUUUUAUCGUACCUUCACAUAACAUUCUUUCAUAUAUUUAUCUCUUAAUCCAUUUGCCGAGUUCUCGUUGGUUGAAUUUUUUAAAAAAAUCAUCAAGGCUAGAUAAACAAUUUAAGUUUUAGCUAAGUACUCAUUUUCAACAAAAAAGCUAAUUCACGUUCUAUCUGUUGUCUUCGAAGAAAGGGAACUUAAAAUGGUGUUCGUUUAAUUUGCGAAAGUGGUGAUACCUUGGGUAACAGAGUUUUUUGUCGCGUUUGGCAAUCGGUUGGGGCGGGGAAAAGGCCAAAGGUAGAAGCCAAGAAAGACGCAGCACAACAUAAAUCUCUGGCCCCCAGGGUAAUGUGGUAAGCGUUUUCCACAACAAGUAAGACAUAACUUUAUGAAUUAACGUAUUGGAGUUAUCUGUCUUUGUGCUACCUUUAACCCGCAGGGAUCAAAAGGAAUGGCUGGUGAUGAAGGCGAGAGAGGACAAAGUGGACUGCAGGUUCUUUUUUAUGUUUAUUGAAAAGUGGAGUUUUUUUCUUAGUUUAUUUGCUUCCAUUUUGGAGUAGAAGGGUAAGCAAUGAGCGGGAGAAGAAAAUAGGUCGACAAAGAUCCAUCAGCUCUCUCAGUUUGCAAGCUGCAAGAAUUAGCUCCAUCCCCUCGUAUCCAUUUGCUAAUAAUAAUCCUCAAUAGUAAUGUUUUGUUAAUUUCAGGGAGAUACUGGAUUUACAGGAGUACAGGGACCGCCUGGUAGAAAUGGAGCGACAGUAAGAAAAAAUGCCUGCCAACUUUUAUUGAAAACAAUUCACUUGUUUUUAUGGCUGCCUCUUCCUUGGGAGUAUAUGAAUCAAAUCAUAUUUGUUCUAAUCCGUUCGUGCUCUCUUUGGGUCUGAUGUCUAGACGAAGACUUAAUUAGGCUACGGUUUACAUGAGUCAGUAGACCUUUAUAUCUUCUCAUAAAAAAAUGAGAGUGGUUUCAAGCAGACAAAAGCUUUUCUUCUCUGCUCCGGGGCUAUUGCUAACUCAGCACUGUUUACAAUGAAGAGCCUCAUGUACAUGAACUAGGUAAUUGGCCAAUGUGGCAAUGACUAGGAAGGCGACUUUAUAAGGCAGAAGCUAAACUUCUGUUAAAUAUCGAUCUCUUAUAUAUGUUAGGGCAUGACGGGAGAUCAAGGCCAGGAUGGAAAUACUGGACCCAGAGGACCCAAGGUAAACCUAUUUUUACCCUUUUUUGGUUUAGGACAGGAAAAAAGGUCAAACUUCACUUGGAACGAACCACAUGUUAUUGAGCGCGGAGAUGAAUACUAGACUUUCCUCAUCAGCAUUAGGUUGGACACAUUUGAAGUUCGACGCUUGAAUUAGGCCCGUAAAUUCCUUCUCUCCUUUUUCAUACUCUUUCGUUUAUAGAUAGAUAUGACUGAAAUAUAUAGAGAGUACAUAAACAUGUACAUAAAAGAAAAAAAUUAUUCUCUACACCUCAGUUGACUGGUCCCCAAUAUUAGCAUAAGCUAUGUUUCUCAUAUUAAAAACAGUUAAAAAAGUUAAAAAUGACGACGUUCCGACGUUCAACUGAUGUCAUUACCAAGCAAAAAAAUAAGUGUCUGUUGCAGAGCAUAAAUACUAAUUAAAUAAACAGUGCUUCAUUAAAAACCUAAUAAAAUAUUAAGUGUCAAGAACGUUAGUUCAAAUAAAGAUUGUUGCACAAAUUUAAUAGGCCUGGGUGUUCAAGCUUGGCUUGAUCUUUUUUAUAAACAGCAUUUCAUGAAUUAGGCAUUCAAACUUCGUUUGGCACUUUCGCAGAAGUCGAAAUUGGCCCUCUUUGGGGUUACCUAAUUGCCCAUGAGCUUCCGCAAAAAGUUUAUAACCGAUAGCCGAGUUCUUAUGUUCAACAAUUUGUUAGUGGAGAUGUCGAGCUGUAUACCCAACAUAAUCUGCAUCGCACAGAUCACAUGAGAGAUUGUAAACAACACAUUGUUGAUUUACGAUUGGCGGCUUUAUUUCUUUUGGCUUGUGGUCUUGCUUAUUUAUAAUUUUUUCUUUUUAUUCUUAUUUAACUAGAAUUAAGAUAAUUGUUGUUAUUGCUAAAUUUAUUUAUUUACACCAUAUUUGUAAAAGGGAUCGGCCUCAACAUUAUCUAAUUCGCCUGUGGAAAAAAUGUUGACCAUUUAACAUUUUGUCAAUACUGUAGGGUGUUGAAGGGCAUCAAGGGCCUCCUGGACCACAAGGUUAUGCUGGAGGGGAGGUACGUGUGAAAAGGGGAGUUCAGAGAAAUUAAAUUGUCUUAAGUCUUGUCUGUUAUGUUUUUGAAGGAAUUUGCUUUGAGAGCACAGUUUGUCCAUUUUUGAAAAGUCUUAAGCGAAUAAGUACGAUGAUUAUUGAACUUAUGAUCAAGUCAUUUAAAAUGAUUUGGGUGAUAAUACAUGUAGGAUGCUGUACGUAUGUCACUGAGGACAUCAUGAGUUGUGAUGGGAGUCGGUAAAGUACAAACGGAGCGUUUGCACUCAGAAGUCCUCAUUCCCAGAAUACAUUGAGAGAAAACUAAAUGUGUAAACGUUUUCGAUAAAUUGAACGAGUUAUUAUGCUUUUAGUUAUAGCGUCAUUCCUCGAUAAAUAAUUCACACGCAUUUCCUUGGUUUACCCCGUCUAGUUGACAAAGAACAGGUGAACGAAAUAGCUACAAUGAAUAAUUUACCGCAUAAACUUAAUCAGUAAUACCAACAAAUACUUGAGCCAUAUGAUUUAUGAAGCCAAAUAUAAAAUUUGUCAAGAUCUUACAUAGUAAUAUAUUCAACAUGAUGACAGCACAACCAAUAGCCAUUUUUUGGUUAUAUUUUUCCAGGGAAACAGAGGACCGCAAGGGGAUCCAGGAGCUCCUGUAAGAGCAUAAUUAGCUUAUCGUGAAACAUGUUAAUAAUAUAUCGUGGAUAAUAGAAAGAGUCUCUCUAUUACCCAUGUAUAUAUAUAAUUUUUCAAUGUUCGGAAGAGUUGUCAACGAUGUUUGAUGCGUGUCUAUCUAUUGCUUUUGUAUACCUUAUCUUCGCUAUAUUUUCUCUUAAAGUAUUUGUUUAUAUAAUAAACCAAGAGAGUAUAAAGGAGCAUUACUUUUUAGGCGAAGUUCUCUUUCUUUUUUGCUUUGACUUUCCUGCCCAUUUAUUUAUUAAUAAUCAGCUUCCCAUCCCAGUGGAUAUUCUAAACCGACAAUACUACUUAAUUAUACUCUCUUAUGUAAGCGGAUUCUGAGGCUGCUCCUUCGCCGUUUUAAUGCUGAUUUACAUCUGUAGUGAACUGUUUAAAUUGAUAAAUCCAGUAACGCUGUAUAAUUUUAGUAAUUAUUUGCUAAAAAUAAAUAAAAUAUUGAUCAUGGUUUUCUUUUUUCUUUGCAAGGGAGAGAGAGGAGGAAGGGUAAUGUUUUCUACUUUUCUUUUUAGGAUCAUUUUAUAACCGUCGUUGGUAAUUGGUUUCUUGAUGUUUUCAUUUGCUUUUGUUUUCAUUCCACCCAAUAAUUUGCCGGAAGAACUGAAAGUUUCGUUUUUUUCUGCAGGGGACAGAUGGACUUAUAGUAAGUUGAUUUGUUUGUUUGAACUGUCAUCAUUUUUUCAAAUAACUUAUAUGGAGAACGAAAACUAAAUGUUAAUAGGACGUUACGAUUUUGAAAACGUAUUUAAACGUAAAGACACUGCAACAGCUGAGCGAACGAGGUUAUUGCUUCUGGAGAGUACCCAGUAAAAUUCUCAAUAAAACGAACGAACAUAGCCGUAAAAACUGCAGCUUUUUACUGCGCUUUUCACAAACAGGCGAAUUCUGAAGUUCAAAAGCCAACUGACGAUUGCGUUUUUCGCUGCCGUCAAUCAUCUGAACGGACCUCUGAGGAAACAAAACUUUACUUUGACGGGUUCAAAAGGUCAAGGUUUGUGGUUUGUGAUUGGUGGAUUCCGAUCCGUUUUGUGUGUUUCUGUGUUUCAAGGUUCGUUGCUUGUGAUCGUAAUUGUGAUUGACGGCAGCGAAAAACGCAACUGUGAAGGCGGCUUUUGAACUUUAGACUUCGCAUGUUUGUGAAAAGCGCAGUAAAUACCGUUUUACUUGUUAAUAACUGUUUAUUUUAUUCAAUGAGAUCUGCUUCAUUGUUCAUGUCUCCACGCACUACACGUGUUUUCUUUCAGGGACCCCCUGGACCCCCAGGUCCACCCGGAGACCAGGUAUGUUUUUUGAUUGGUAUGGUUUGUAUUUCAUCUUUUAUUUCGUUGCCUUUGUUUGUCGGCUAAGUCACACGAUAUUCCUUUCAUAAUAAAUGUUCGAUAGCAAAAGGAAGUGUUCGAUUGCUGAGCGGUAUUUUUAUUUGUACUGACUUCUCACUUCUUCCUGUAACCUGCAGGGACCUCCUGGUCGUCUGAAAAUAACAAAUCCUGACUGGGUAAGUAGCAAUUAUUGUCAUUUUCAUUGUUAUCUAUGUGAGAUGCUUUAUGUAGCGUCAAAUGUUUCGAUCAGUUUCAGUUUCAGUGUAUUUGUUUGCCAGAAAAAAUAACACAUAUACAUACAGACAUUCAAGACAUUACAAAAAUGUUCUUUAAAGAUUAAAGAGACGUGAAUUAUAAGUAAAAGAAUUAAAAGUAUUUUUCUGCCGAGGAAGCUAAAAUAGAAAACUUGGGCCUUAUUGAAUGAGCUCCCUCCCUAACCGAAGACUGAAUAUGAAGAAUAAAUAAUCCAUCUCCAUCCCCGUUUUCGUCCUUCCAGUCCUCUUCAGUGAAUCGGGCCAGAAUCAUUGAGUUGCUUGUUAAUUAAUUCUGUGCUUUAUAGCGUUUUAUAACAUAACAGAGGAAAAGCGCAUGCUCAUCCAACAAUCAAAUAAACAUCACCUUAAAGACGAUGUCGACGAGGUUUUUGAUUCCGACUUUGACUUUUCAUAAGUAGUUGAUGAUAUACAUUCUGUAGAUACAAUAUAGCUAUUGCACCUAUUUCGCACUUAUCAACCUCCUGCGUGAAUCGACAACUCGAGUUUACUUUAUAUUGAAAACAAUAUAUGAUAAUCCCACUCCCUGUUGAUCCGUUAUUAACGUAAUGUAUCUUUAGAUUUAUGGAAGCCAAAACAAAGGUCCAGGAUUCAGACUCUACUCGUCAAAAGAGGUAAUUUAUAUUUACAAUCCUCUCACGCAUUGACACAAUUACCUAUUAUUAUUUUUUGGGAGGGCAAGAACUCGAUACUUUUGGAGCUUUGAUGAUAGAGCGAGAUUGAAGAGUUGAGUGAGUAAAUAAUUCACAUACCAUAUCUCUCCAGUCCCACGCGGUUAGGGCGCCGGUAGAUUCUAGUGACCUCUAAUCCAGAUGUUGUGAGGUCAUCCUCACCAGGAUCGAAAACAUUUUCUUUUAAGUCCGUGUUUACUUCACUUUCCUUUCUACUAAUUGCACUCCCGGAGGGAUUUUUCGGAAAAUUUUGGCAGGAUCUCGAAAGAGUUUUUCUCCAUGGUUUGUUUUUUUUUUUUUUCGAAACUUUUUAACAAACAUUUAUUAAGGAUUUUACCAUUGAAUAAGAACAGUUUUAUAACAUUUAUUAAGGCGAAUAAGAACAUAUGCUACUGGGCUUAACAUUCUUUGUUUAUGACAAUCUCCUCAAGUAAAAUAAUUUUUUAAAAGUUUAUUUAUAAAGGAGAUGCCGCGUAAGUAAAUGUUAUAAUGACAGCCACCUUUUUAACUCUUUUUCAAUAUUUGAAUAAAUCUAAAGUAAUUUCUCUUCUCUUAUAGAAAGAAGAGGGAGAGCCUGUUGAGACAUUAAAUUAUUUGACGGCUCUUCGUAAUGUUAUUUAUUUCUACAAAUCACAAAGCGGUACUAGAAAUUCUCCCGCAAGAUCUUGCAGAGAACUUCACCUUGAGCAUCCUGAUUACCCGAGUGGUAAGUGAACCGUGCGCGUCCUUCGUUUCAACAGUGCAAAACUCAAAAUUUGUUUAUUAACGGAAAUGAGUGUCUGGCAAAACCUAGAGAGGGAAAAGGUCAACAGAAGGAAAUAAAUGGUGACAGCCAAGAAAAAAUUAAAAAGGAAAGGAAGAAAGAAGAGCCAUGAAUUAGACAGAACUCGAACACCAGACUGAUUACGUGAUUGGAAACAGCUAACCCACUACGCAAAGCUUCUGUUAUAGGAAAUAUUCUGUCUAUUCCCGAAAAACGGUGCUAGUCAACAUAUUUUUCUGUUCAAUAUCUUGACGAAAAGAACCAAACCUUUUCGAAACCUUACUUACAAGGCUAGCACUAGGCUUUCUUUUGUUCUUGAUUUUACAUUACUCCUUUCAAACUUUGGGUAUACGGUACUGUUUGUCAACCUUCUGUUACUAGGCAACUGAGGACAUCAACCCUGUUAUUGAUAGAUGAAGGCUGAGUUUCCAUAGGCGUGAUCAAGGAAGACAGGCGCGUGUCCCUCUCCAUUGCGUGCACCAAUUCUACUUGUGCAUUUCUCAAGCGCGUACUAGGUGGACAAUGUUACGUCCGAAAAGGGUUCAUUCCUUAUUGUUAAAUCGACACCGGUCUUUUUAGGUCUGCAAAUCCAAGCCAGGGGAACAAACCGGAUACCUCUGCUACUUUCGACCCUUCUCCCAAUCCGUUAUCGAUUUCUUGGUCCUAUGCGAUGAGUUUGUUACGACACUGUAUUAACAAUUUUUCUUGUUUUUCUCUUUUUCCCAAGGCAAGUACUGGGUAGAUCCAAACGAAGGCUGUUACAACGACGCAGAAUACGUGUACUGCGAUUUCGAAAGAGGAGCCACUUGUGUUUUUCCGGAUAACAAAGAGGUUAGAUUUAUUACGACUUUGCUUAUCAUUUGCUUACCCUUUAUAAUUGUUAACUUUUCUCGGGCGCCUUCGAUGUUAUAGCUCUUGCGGUGAAGAACGUGUUACAGUUGAACGUUGUCCACACACUAAGUUAAACCUUUUCCACGUUACACAUAUAUUUGAAAAAUGAAAAGAUUCAAACGAUAAUGGAGUAUUUUGCAUUGCCCAUAUACUAUGACUAAAAUGAAAUACGCCUUAGACCCGGUUCAAAUGUGGCAUUUGAUAAUAGCUCAUAACGCUCUUGCUCUAAUGACUCUGAUGCUGGUGCUUUGCGUAAGUUUCACGUGACAGAAGGUCAGAGCGCGCGAUCACAUUGCGUUCUAUGCGUUCCAUUCAUUCUUGGCUUCAUACAUGUCUAGCAUGCGUAAUAGCAAUCUGGAGAUGGGGAUUGCUGGCUGCUUAUGUCCCCCGCAAUUAGGUUUGGAUGCACUUUCAUGGAUUGGGUUCACUUUUGAACUCAGUCGAAUCCAAUCGAUGUUAGGUAUUCCUAGCCAGCCUCCUGAACGUCAGAAAACGGCCAAGAAAGCUUUUUUUGCCUUCCUUAAUCCCCGUCUCUUUUCAAAAUCAAAGAUUGCAUGGAGGAUCCCACGUAGAUGCUUAGAAUUCCACCUUGAAGCCUGCAAUGCAGACUAUGUAGCUCACUGUAAGAAUUCAUGCGUGACGACGAUUUUCUUUCAUCACAGAUUAAAUUUCUGGACGCACAACCAUUUCAAUGGAUGGGUGAAAGGACUGAUACACAACUUGUAAGUUAAUCAAUGUUUUAUGAAGAUGAGUGGUAUAACUAGUGCAUGAUGUAAACUGAUCUCUAACGAUAUCUUAAAGGCAAGUAAGGCUAUGUUCAAACCAUGCCGGCACAAGAAGAGGGUUUCAUGAGCUAAUUCCAAGUCCCGAGGGUUUGGUGUACUUCCUAGUAAAAAACUAAUGGGUAUGUGCCACUGGGUGGGGUCGCAUUUUCACGACUGGAUUGACUAUAAUAGGGUUGCAUUUCUAUAAGAGUUACUAAAAUGGGGUCGCACAUUUUUAGGAUUUUGGGGGUGAGAAACUUCAGGUAUGUAGGGAUUAAAAAAUAGAAAGAUUUACACCACAUUAAGUUUAACAAAUGUGUCAGUUCACUCCAGGAUGAGCAAGUUAAAAGGCUGUAUAGGCUAGAUACAUAAACAGAAAGUGACUAGGUUGGGAUUGCGAAAAGUACUUAUUUUCCCAAAGUGAGUAAGACGGGGUUUUUAAAAUAUCCACAGAAACGACUAUAAUGGGGUAGGGAUUCUGAGAGGCCAGCGGCACAUACCCAGCAAAAGUUAACCCAAGUAACCCCCCGGAUUCCAAUCCUCAGCCCUAAUUAUUCACUUCCGAUACGGUCCGGAUACCUGUUCCUACUGUACCAAAGUGUGGCACAGAACCUAUCCGAUAUGUGACGCUCCACUUUCGAGAUCGUCACGACGCAGCUUCGCCGGUUACAGAAAUCGCGCCAAAAUCACUGUUCUUAUGCGUGAACAGAAGCCGUUUUCGGUGUAGUUUUCAUACCGGCGCGAGAGCUUUCCGGUAUACAGUGAACUCUCGCCUUGCGGACACGUGCUCUAACGGACACCCCGACUGAUAAUACGGACAACAGCUAAAUCCCAGGCAAAAAUAAAUUACAGACGUUUGACUACAAUAAACUCCCAUUAUUACGGACUGUCGAUAAUGAGGACACGAUCUCGACGUCCCAACAUUGUCCGCUAUGGAAAGAGGUGACUGUAGCGUGAGCAUAGCCUAAAUCACAUCUUGACUGAAUCGGAUAUUAGAUUUAAUUUCCCUUUAACAUUUUAAAAUACGUGAUCUGGAGGUAUUUAUUUAUACAGUGUUGCGUAUUUAUCCCCUAAUAUUAUUUAUUUGCAAAUAAUCAAUUUUUCUUUGCUUUUCAGAUAAAUUACGGUAUGAAUUCAGUACAGAUGCAAUUUUUGCGACUUUUAAGUAGAAGCGUGAGCCAAAAUAUCACAUAUCACUGCUUGAAUUCUCGCGCCUGGGAAGAUGUUGACGGCCUCACCAUUAAGUUACAGGGAGAUAACGACAUGGAGCUGACAAGUUCAGAGAAAACUAGACCAGUUGUUGUUACAAAUGAAUGCAAGGUAAAUGCCAUCGUACACGUAAAUAAAACAUCAGCAUAACUAACUUAUUUUCGUCGAGAAAAGUAUUUUCCUUUUCGUCAGAGAUACAAAUUUCCCAGCAAACCCACCCACCUACAUGAUCAAACCCGCAAAGACCAUUUGGUUGAACUACUAUGGCCAGGAUCAUUCUCGUUUUAUCUAUGGUAAUCCCAGUGAAGUUCAAAAUACAAAAGCCCUAAUUUGCAAAAGAAAUCAAAAUCCUGAAGGAUUCUGGUCGUAGAAGUAAAAUGACGUCAUCGUACACGUGCAAAUGGCCUAUUGCGGGCCCCGUCACACUUCUUCCUUCUAUUCGCGGAGACCAUAUUCACGGCGAAAUCGUUGUAGGUUUUGUAAACGUACAUCAUUUGGCCCGCUUUUCUCCUGUCCCGUUAAGCUGCCCAUGAUUCCAUCGAGAUGUAAUUGUCAAAAUUGACCACUCCAAAAGGAGUGCCAUUUUGAUUUCUAGUCCAUUCAAAUAAAAUUUGUCUUCAGUUUCUCUUGGGAGUUAAAAUGGCCUCGAGAGAAACUGAAAACAAUGCUUAUGCAAAAUUUGGGGGUGACAAAAAAAAGCAUUGUGUUAUGUUAUGGUAUUUUCUGGAGUGGUCAAUAUGACUUUUGCAAUAGUUGGUCUCGUGAUCAACUUUCCCUAAACACUAAAACAGGUCGCUUUUGGCAAAAACAAAAUUUUACAUAAGCGAAAAGGUUUUUGUGUACAGGUGACCAACUAUUGCAAAAGGCCUCUAAAAAGGAGUGCCUUUCAAGUCUGCAGUCCAUUCAGAUAAAACUUUAAUUCCUUCGUUAUUUUUACACGUCCUACAUAAAGACACAAUUGUCUUUCUUGAAUUCUUUCUGCUUUCAAUAAUAACUUGUAAAGCUGAAAAAAAAUAAUGAAGGGGUUAGUUUUAAAAGAGUCGGUGGUGCUUCGCCAUGAAGAACUGAAUCUCAGAAGGCCUUUUUCAAAAAAAUACCGUGAUAAUACUCUUUGUUGUCCCUCCAACAUUUUGGGCAAGCACUGUUUUCAAUUUCUCUUGGGACUUACAAUUGCCCCAAGAGAAAUCGAAAACAAUUUUUGAGGGACAACAAAGAGUAUUUAUGGUAUUCACCAUUUUCACAUAGACCAUAAUGCUCCUUGUUUACCCCCCAAAAUUUUGCAUAACCAGUGUCUUCGAUUUCUCUUGAGACCACUGUAAUAUCCAGGAGGAAUUGGAAACAAUGGUUAUGCAUAAACAAGAUGCAUUAUGGUCUAUGUGUAAAUAGCGAAUUGUUGAGAGAGGCCUUUAAGUUAGCUUCAUCAAAUGAGUUCAAUUUACCACAUGUUCGAAAAUCUAAUGAGUUAAAGGGUUCAUUGAUUGAUGACUGGCUCUUUUGGUUGAUUAAUUGAUUGUUUAAUUGAUCGAUUGAUGUAUGGUUUGAUUGACUGACCUAAUUCCGUUUUGUGCCAUUAUUGUUAACUGGCAGGUACAUGAUAAUCAGUGGCAUCAAACUAUCCUGGAAUUUAACACAACUGUCAAGGAAGCUUUGCCAGUGAUCGAUGCUGCUCCUUACGAUGUCGCUGGCCGGGGUACAGACCUCAAGCAAGACUUCAUCAUCGAAUUAGGACCCGUCUGUUUCUUAUAUUAG